ACACAAAAUAGGUCAAAUGUUUUGUAACAUUUAUUUUAAUAUUAUUCCUAUUACACUAAAAUAAUGGGUCGCUGAUAUGAAUUCACAUCAUUUGGAUCCCUGUCUAAAAUGAUUAAAGUGGCUGUUUCAACACCUUAACGAGUGUAGUAGUUGCCAGUAACAAUAGAAGGUAUAGUGUUCUCCCAGUUCUGAAUUUAACUAUUUUAACCAAAACUGUGAGACACCGACGUAGCCACUUCUCUCACCACUUUCUCUCAUCAGAUUGGACUUCUCUCUGCCCUCUCAUACUUACUCUAUUCAAUACUGCUUCUUUGUGACUUUCUGUGUCUUGCCCACAAAAUGGCUGAAGAAGAUAGAGACUGUGUAUAACUGCAGAUGAUUGCAACUGGCAAGAAGAUCUGGCAAGAGCGAAAUUAGCUUAAAAAACAAGAUUGAUAAGAGACAAAAAAUUAACAAUGCUGGGACAAGUAGAUUAAAAAAGUGGGGAUAGAAAGAGGCCAUAACAGAGUCACUUUCAAUCCCCUCCCAACCCCCCCUGCCCACUUCUUCAUGUUGGAUGAGCUCUCCACUUUUAUUUGUUCCCAUGAUUAAGGCUUGUGUUUACAUCGCUAAUUACCUGUACCUGAGUACAAUGAAGCUUUGCUUUGAAUUCUCCAAAAGGUCAAUGACAGAACAUUUAGAUAAAGACAGAGCAAAUACUCAACUGUUUCCAUUUUCUAUGACCUUUGUCCCACAACUUUACUUGCUUGGAUGUUAAUAAAGGCAUUAUUAUUAUUAUUUUAUUAUUUAUAUAGCGCCAUCAUAUUCCGUAGUGCUUUAAUACAAAGAUAAAAUUGUGUUAUUCUAUAUAUAUGAUGCCAAAAUACCACAGUAUUGCAGUAUGCAAUUAUACAUUUUUUAUUGGACUAACAUAAUAUUUCAAAGAAAAGCUUUGGAAAAUGUUCCUCUGUUCCUCAGGUCUGAAGCAAUACUGAUCAAUCAGAUUAAUCAGUAUUGCUUCAGACCUGAGGAAGAGAGGAAAACUCUUGAAAGCUUGUAUUUUAAAUACUAUGUUAGUCCAAUAAAAAAGGUAUCAUUGCAUACUGCAAUACUCUCGUAUUUUGGCAUUUUGUCUACUGGACUAAUACGGAUAAUCCAAUCUACACUAUAUAUAUAUAUAUAUUAUAUAUAUAUAUAUAUAUAUAUAUAUAUAUAUAUAUAUAUAUAUAUAUAUAUAUAUAUAUAUAUUCAUAUAUAUAUUUAUAUCAUCUCAAUGCAGUGGCCUCUAUGCAGUGGUCCUUUAGUUUUACCUUACAAUGUAAAACAUUCCUGUUUAUUAGAAAUUGUAAUGCUUACACUACAUGGUUAAAGGGACACUAUAGUCACCCAGUCCACUAUAGCUCAUUGAAGUGGUCUCGGUGCAGUGUCUCUGACCCCCUUAGUCCUGCAAUGUAAAUCAUUGCAGUUUUAGAGACAGCCAGUCAAUCAGACAGCCACUAGAGGCACUUCCUGGUGGCUUGGUCGCCUAACUGAAGCUGGACAUACUCACCCUCUGCAUGAGGACAUCCAACGUUAGUUAUAUCCCCAUAGGGAAGCAUUGAGACAAUGCUUUCCUAUUGGGAGAGACUAAUGUGUUUGCCCCAUAUGCCCACUAGCCCCCCCAAUCUGAUGAUGUCGGAAGAGACUGACUAAGGGAGAUCAGGAGUGCAAUCAGGUGAGUGUUACAAGGUUUUUGCAAAGGGAACUAUAGUGUAAGCAAUAAAGAUAUCAUAUUCCUUACACUAUAGAAUCCCUUUAAAUGCACCUGUAGUUGCAUUUAUACUAAUAUACUUAUUAUACUAAUUAUACUUGAGGCGCUUCUGCGGCACUGACUAAGUGAAACUUGGUCACCCAGUCACCUAAACAUUUGUAUUCCUAACACAAUGUGUUCCUUUAACUUCAUGGCAUUGGGAACAAUGCAUCAAACACCAGGCUCUGAUACCAAUAUAAUUAUAGCUAUACAUGACACAUAGAAUUAGAUUUCAUGAGUUAGAGUUCAUGCUAAGUACCUCUUCUUCAGAACUCCUUAUGCAUGAAUGUCAGUAUUUAUAAGUAGCAUUUAUAAUAAUUUUCAUUAUACAUCAUAAAUUGAUUUAUGUAUAUAUGCCAUUUCAGCUUACCUUAGUGGACUUAAAUUUUAACAUAUAUUAACUUAGCUGAAUAACCGAACCAUAAACAAUCGCAGAAAGACACACAAACAAGUUUGGAAGUUCAGUUAAAUUUGUUCAAUAUAUGCAGAUUAAGAAAGAAAAUAAGAAAUAUUUUCCACCCAAACAAAACCAACUGAAUAUUAUUUGACCUGCCCAAUAUCUGCCUAACUGUACCAUAAUCUUUCCGAAUCCUGCUAGUAUCAAUGCAUUUGAUAUGAUUUUAUAAUAUAUUGACAUUGAUGCCUUUAUUUUUAACACAACUAGUUGAAUAAACAACAUACUGCUGCACUGCGUACUGAUUUAUUUUUAUUUAUUUUUUAUUGUAAACAACAAGUCAUCGAUCCAUACCAACUGAUCAACAGUUAGAAAGGGAAGCUCAUAUUUUGGACCAAAAUCCCUGUGUCCCUCUUCUGUUCUAAUGUCCCUCUUUACUAGGAGCUCCAUAUUGUUGAUGUGUCUGAGGGCAUAACUCCACAGUAAUAAUACUCACAGUAAUGUGUAUUUAAAUAGCAAACAAAUAUGUUGAGAAAUCAGUCUGUUUAAAUAACAUACAUUUGUUUGAAUGAUGGAUAUUGGUUAAAUCAGACCUGCAAAUGAAAUUAUUUUAUAUGUUCUCUUGAGAAAACAACAUGGGUUUUGCUCUAAUGAAAAUAAAUCGGUAGUUGGAACUCCUUGACUUUUAGUAUAAAACUGCAAUUAUUAUUGUAACAAAAAAUAUUGUAAAUUGAUUGUCAUUGUAAAAUAUAUUUUUUAUUUCGCUUUCAGGGCUUGAUGAUGCCUUGCAGCAAUACGUGUCCAAUUUGGAGAGGGAGAAAAUAAAUGGUGACCAGCUGCUGCAGAUAUCUCACCAGGAUUUGGAAGAACUUGGAGUUACUCGAAUUGGGCAUCAGGAACUUGUUCUAGAGGCUGUGGAUCUUCUAUGUGCCUUGGUAAGUUUCCUACCAAGCACAUACUCUGUUUAGUUUUCGAGGUGGAAUUCUCUUACAAUUGCCUGAAAACAUGCCGCUCUGUGAAUUUCCAGUUUGCAUAUAGAAAAACAAGCAGGGAAUUGUAAUCAUACAGGCAAUUUUGAACUGUAAAUUAUUUUCAACUAAAUGUGGGCAAGUCGAAGAAUUAGUUACCCCAGACAAGUCAAAGCAAAUUCAAGACUGUGUUGUGUUUUUCUAUGUAUCAAAUCUUGCUCAGAGAAUGUAUUCUAUUUUUUGUUGUUGUAGAAGUUAGCAAUUUUGGGGGGAUUUAUCAAGAAGAAAACAGAUUUAUAACACAGCUAUAUAAGGAGUAAUUACCAUAUAAACAUGUAGACUCUUUCUUGACAUUCGUUCUUUGCAUCUGUUUUUGCUUUGAUAAAUAUACUUAUGAAUCUAAUAGCAUCUUUAGUCAAUCCUAACAUAAUUCUACAUAACUUAGAGAGCGCAAAAAACAAUUAAUAGUUAAAAUAAAUAAGCAGAAACUAAUGAAAAAAAAACACAAUAUACAAGCAGCUAAGCACGUAAUAAAAUACCUAGAUUGUUGAUUCUUUUACACACUUUUCUAACUGGCUAUCUUGGCCUACAUUUUGAAAUUAAGUUUGAAUUCCAGGUAAUUUUCACUUGAAUGAAUAUCUUUGAGACUGUUUUUAUCAUAUACGAACAAUACUAAUUAUUUUAAUUGUCUCCUCUUUGCACUCUGUUAAUCAACACAUUUGGAAAACUAGUAAAAUAUAAAACACAUGUGAGGGAGUGUAACAGAGCAGACAUUUAAAAUAUGUUUUGUGAUCCACACAGAGCUCUGGUACUGAUUGAAGGUUGUCCCACUAAUUUCAGUUUUACAAGUAAAAUGUUAGGAGAGGUUGAUCUGUACACCACAGGGAUUUAAUUACAAUACUGUGGAAUGUGGUGAAUUGAAAACUGAAUGUGUGAUGUCAAGUUUAAAACGUUUACAGAUGAGCUAAUUGGCCUUCAUUUUUAUAAUGGCUUAAAUUCACUGUAAUUCACUGUUUAGUUUAUAAACCCUCCUGCUGUUUUCACAGUGUACAUGAUAAGAGCCAGGGUAACCAAGCCAGAUAUGUAUACAGUUACAUCACUGAGCAUGAUGGGAAAGAAUGUCUUGCAAUUCCUCUCUCAUUAGUAGUCUGCAUUCCGUUUGUCUCAUGACACUGGUUUUCAUUGUGUCAGUUUCUUUUUCUUAAAAUGGAAAGGUAUUUUUUUCAAUGUAGAUUGGACUAGAAGACCGCUUUCCUGUUUACAGUAUAAAAAUAAUCUCUAUUUGUUUAACUUUGCUGUCCAAAAUGAAAUUAAUUAUUGGUGGGUGGUAAGAAUAUCAUUUUAUUUUUUCAAGAGCAGCUUUUCAGUCUGCUUAAAUUCUCAUAUGUCUCUUCUUAAAUUGGAAAUAUUUGUAUGUGAACUGUUUUGUGUGUUUGGUGAUGACAUGUGUGCUUGCACUCUUACACCCAUAAAAAGGGAGGGAAAGACGAUAUACCUAUCUGAAACUGUGUCCUCCACAGUGUGUUUUUCCACUGAGAUUGAACUCAAUCUUAAACUACUUGCAGAUGGAGCUACCAGGUCUCAAAUCACUGUAGCGAACUGGGGUCCAUGGAAGAUCUUGCCAAUAAUUUAUUUUCCCAUAAGUCCUUGCACAGCAGAGCCUUAUGGGAUUAGUUGUUUAUCCCCAUGACAAGCUGCACAGGAGUGGAAGUGACCUGUGUAAACUGUUAGCAACCAUAUCGCAGCUACUGUCAACUUCAUAGGCGUGCACAGCCUAUUGCAUUAGGGUAUGCACCCUAAAGCACAAGCACAAGCACACGCCGCGUGUAUAUAUAUGUAUGUAUGUGUAUAUAUAUAUCUCUCUAUAUAUAUAUCUCUCUCUAUAUAUAUAUAUAUAUAUAUAUAUAUAUAUAUAUAUAUAUAUAUAUAUAUAUAUAUACACACAUAUAUACACUGCUGUGUGUGUGUGCUGUGUGAGGGUGCUGUUAGUGUGAUGUGUGAUGUGUGUGUGUGAGGGUGCUGGUAGUGUGCUAUGUGGGUGAGGGUGUUUGUGUGUGUGUUUGUGAGGGUGCUGUUAGUGUACUGUGUGUGAGGGUACUGGUAGUAUGCUGUGUGUGUGUGUUUGUUAGAGUCCUGGUAUUGUGCUGCGUGAAGGUGAUGUGUGUGUGUGUGUGUGUGAGGGUGCUGUUUGUAGGCUGUGUGUGGGUAUUGUGUGUUUGUGAGGGUACUGCUAGUGUGCUGUGUGUGAGUGUGCCGUUUGUGUGCUGUGUGUGAGAGUGUGCUGUUUGUGAGGGUGCUGUUAGUGUGCUGUGUGUGAGGAUGCUGUGUGUUUGUGAGGGUGCUAUUAGUGUACUGUGUGUGUGUGGGUGCUCUGUGUGUGUGCUGUAUGUUUGGGUGAUUUGUGGGGGUGGAGGUGGGGGCAGAUAGUUAAUAAAUAUCCCCCCUCUCAUCUUACCUUUCGUAGGGAGGGGGGACCGUGCUGCUGCCUUCCCUGGUGGUCCAGUGGAGGUGGGGGCAGAUUACUUAAUAUCCCCCCUCCCUUCUUACCUUAUGUAGGGAGGGGGGAUCCUUGUUACUGCUGCCUUCCCUGGUGGUCCAGUGGUGAGUGAAUUGUAGCCUGCGGAGCUAGAGUUCACUCUCCCGAGAUCUGAGCGUUGCCAUGGCAACGCUCAGAUCUCGUAAGAGGAACCUGGCGGAGCUGCUGGAUUUAGCUCCCCGGAUCCUCUCCUGCCUCCCUCCCUGCAUGUGGGUUGGUGAGGGAGAUCUUUGAUCUGCCCACCGGCCCAUGGAGGCUUGGAGCAGAGCCGGCAAUCGGAUAGCGACGGCUCUGCAUGAGCGGACUAGGGAGAUCCUGAGAUCUCCCCUGCCGGUCUCACUCCAUAGGCAUGCCGCGGGAUUAGGGUGUGACCAGGCACACCCUGUGCGCAUGCCUAUGGUCAGCUUACACAUUGAAUUCACCCAUUCACUGUUUAGUAAAUGGAGCGAUGCUAAACCCUAAGAAAGCCAGGACCUGUGCAUGUGCAGUCCUUGCCUAGACUCUCUUUGCUGGAAUGCGAGAGCUGAGACCUUUGAACUGUGGAUAAUUUUGAUUGACAAGAGUCUGAGGGGGAAUUACACAAAGUCAAAUACCGUAUUUACUUGAAUCUAAUGCACUGUCGAAUCUAAUGCGCACCUCAAUUUUUUGAAAACUGGAAGCUAAAAAAUGUUUUUGCUGGCGAAUGUAAUGCGCAUUUAUACAAGAAGAUACUACUAUACAACAUUGUGCUACAACGAAAAUGUGUAUUGCCAUAUACCAUAGUAACAUUGAUGGUAUUUCUAUUUUAAUGUUAAACGUUAAGUCUAUUCUUUCUUAAGCCCUCUUUCAGGAACAAAAUUUGCUUGUGGGAAUUUACCUGAAUGGAAUUCGCCUGUGUGAAUUUACCUGUUUGAGUUCGUCUGUUUGAAUUCACUAGUUUUAAUUCACCAGUUUGAAUUCGCUGGAAUGCAAUUUGCCAGAAUGCAAAUCGCCGAAAAAUGUUGAAUGUUGCCCCGAAUGUAAUGAGCAAACGUAUCUAAUGCGCAUUACAUUUUGGAAACUUUUUUUUCCAAAAAAGGUGUGCAUUAGAUUCAAGUAAAUACGACAAUUAAAAUAUCUUAAGCUUGGCAGCAUUUCUACCAGAAACUCAGCACAGACUUCGUCAAUGUACCAACACCACUUCAGAAAAGUGUGUUUGGUUGCUUAGGAAAGCUCUUUAGGUUGAUUAAUAAUAACUUUUAGUGCAAAAUAAUUUCAUUGUCUGCAUGCUUAUAAAGUUAAUGAUUUUUUUUUUUACUUACUUUUACAUAAAUUUACAGGGUUAUUCACUAGAGUGAGAAUUCAAAGUGAAUUUCAAAUUUUAGGUCAAAGCACCUGAUCUGAAGGCAUAGCUGAAUUAAGAGAAUUUUUCUCUUCAGCUAUUUUAACCUUAAAUUUAAAGCCAGGUCAGCUAUUUUAACCUUAAAUUUGAAAAUGGCUUUAAAUUUACUUUGAAGUCUCACUUCAUUGAAUUACCCUAAAAAAGCAUUUGUCAUGCACAUAAUUUUUUUGUUUUGAUAAUAUUAUCAUUAAUGUUUUAAGAAUUGUUUAAAGAAUGCUGCUUGAAAAAAAAAAUAUGGGAAAAGUCAAGUUUAGUCAUCUUUACCUGAAUUGGUUGAAUUGUAGUUUGAAUUCUACAACAAUUGAAUGGGUGUCAUAUGACACCUGAGCAACGGAAGGCUAUGGAAAUUGUGAAAACCUUUAUCUAACACAGUAGCAAAGAUGUGCUAUAGGCGAAAGCUGUAAAGCUUGCAUUCCACAUGUCCUGUAUUGUCCCACAAGUAUUACCAGAAAAUGAAAUAAAGCUGGUUAAAUGCCAGAUCCUUAGGCUAUAUUAUGUCUCCUACAAUUUCCUACUCAUUUCCUUUAAAAGGCAACGCUUCUGACCUCAGAUCCGCUUGCUAAUAUUCUGUUUUUGUGUAUUCUCCAACGCAGAUUUCCAUUAUAAAGUUAAAAGGGAAAAUAGCAUUUGCAGCAUUUCAUCGAGCUAAUGUAAGAAAAAAAAAAAAAAAAUAUAUAUAUAUAUAUCAUUAUUUUUAUUCAUCUGCAAAUAGUUGAACCUACUCAUCUAACAAUCACUAUUAGAUCACUGAAUACGUAAAGAUUUUCAAUAUUUCAUUAUAAUUCAUUACUUGCUUACUGUUAAUUUACAGGGUAGUUUGUAGCCUUUAUAGCUUUUUUUUUUUUUUGCUUUGUCACAUGGGUGCUUAUUCACUAAACUAGUGGCCUUGAAUGGGUUAUUCCAACAGUUUUUUUGUAUGGGGGAGGGACAUUUUUCAAUUUAAAAUGUAAACACUAUUUAUUAGUUUUCUGCUUCAUUAUUGCAGUAGACCUGCAAAAGCGUUUUUUUACUUACCAGGAAUUCAACGCAAGCCAAACACCUGGCACUGCCUUCUGCAGCUUUCUACAUCUUUAUCAAGGUCCACACGCAGUCAAAUCACCGGCUCAGGGAGCUUGCUCAUAAUCUGGGCCGGCGAGGGUAUGUACGGAAAUUGGGAGGAGGAGAAGGUGUUAAAUAUUGUUUAAAAAAAAAAAAAAUCUAAGCACUAUUGAUGGCAUAGGGACUCAAAUUGGAGAAGGAGGGUGAGAAGCAUGGGAUGGGUGAGAAAUGCUUGCAUUGUUUUACCUGCAAGGGAGAAGCCCAAUAUGUCCGUUGCCAGCAUUCGGUGCAUGCUGAGAUUGGAUGUAUUUUAUGCACAGAAUUGACAAUAGGCAGCCUGGGACAGAGGAGGCGUGCCUAGUUUGCGGAACAAAAAUGCAGAUUACUCUCCAUGCGCAGCGUUUCAAACAGAAUCACUGCAAUUCCUGCCACCAUAACCACUUCAAAGCACUGAAGUGAUCAUGGUGAUUGGAGUUACUCUUUAAAAUUCUUAUUUUUUUACACUUAUUUCAUUCAGAGUUUGCCAAACCUCCUCCUGUGUUCAUAUAAAAAAACAAGUAGCUGAUAGAACACAGCCUCUUCCAUGCUGUUCUUCUGCUAAUGUAAAAAGCACGGACGCUACAAAAACUGGCAUGUGCACUGCUCUCCCUGCCAUUGGAUGGAGUGGGUGCUUUCAUGAAUGCACAGACCAGUCAAAACAGCCUUUUUUUAGUGCAAUUGAAUGCCUUGAAACUGCACUAUGUAUGUGGAGCCAUAUGAUAUUAAAUUCAAUGGCAAAAUAUUAUAAUGUGGCUAUAGCACCAACAUAUUCUGAGGCACUGUACAGCAUAGCACAACGAGCAUUUUCUGAUAAAAAAAAGAAACAGAAACAUGAGUUACAGUCUAUCAAAUGCAGAACUUUUAUACAAAGUAUGUAGAAAGAUUACUAAAUAUAAUACAUGCUCCCUAAUGAGCAUAUUAGAGCACCACAUCUUCUCAGAUAAAAUAAAAAUAAAAAUAAUGUUAGACACCAGGAAGAAUAGAUUUAGGAUGAAACAAUGUAACUUUCUUCAACAUGUUCACAUUGCUAGCAUGCAAGAACAGCAAUAUGUACUUUUUUCCCAAGGUCAUCUACAUUUUUCAUGCUUGCUGAUUAGACUGACAUUUUUCAGAACAUGUUUUAUCAGUUUUGUGGUCAUUAUUUGUUUUUUUAUUUUAUAUUGCAACAAUGUGCCUUGUUUUGCAUGAGUCAUAAUGAACACUAAAACUUUUAUGAAUAUAAAAAAUACAAGUAUAUGAUACUUGAUCUCCUUAGCCUCAAACCAUGUUAAAACCCAGCUAUAUGCUAGUGUUAUGUUGUGUUGUUUUGCCAUAGGCUAAUUUACAGAAUUAUCUUAAAUGCAUCUGAUCAGUGAUUUAUCAUGUAGAACGUAUGUUAAGAAUCUCUCUUAGGGGAUACUAUUUUCAAGAGUGAGCUGUUGUUAAAGGGACAUUAUAGUCACCAGAACAACUACAGAUUAUUGUAUUUCUGCUGGUGAAUACAAUCAGUCCCAGUAGGCUUUUUGCAGUAAACACUGUCUUUUCAGAGAAAAGUCAGUGUUUACAUUACAGCAGGGGGAUACCUCAAGUGGCCACUCCUCAGAUGACUACUAGAAGUGCUUCCUGGGGCAGUGAUGCACAGUGAUUCAAUGCAUCUCUAUGAGGAGAUGCUGAUUGGCCAGGGCUGUGUUUGGCUUGUGCUGGCUCUGCCCCUGAUCUGCCUCCUUGACAAUCUCCUAUGACAAUUUCCUAUGGCAAAGCAUUGUGAUUGGCUGAGUUCACCACUUCUGAUGAUGUCAGCAAAGGGAGGCCAAUCAGGGGCAGAGCCACCACUAGCAGACUGAAAUAAAGGUAAGAUUUUACUAUAUUUUGUGGUGCAAGGGGAACAGGGGGGCUACAUAGUGUUUUUAACAUUAUAGGGUCAGGAAUACAUGUUUGUGUUCCUGAUUCUAUAGUGUUCCUUUAAGGUAUUGAGGAAUAGUUGGUUUUGUGUUAAACCUGUCAUGCUGUGCAUUUUUUCUCAUUCUAUUAUCGUCUACUUAUACCUCAAUUUAUUUUUGCAGAUGUGUAAAACAUCUUCAUUGAAUUGAUAUUAACUGUUGUCUGCUUUGAUAGAAAGGAAGCUAUAAUUGAAUGUGCUCAGAAUAUUGAAUAGACAGCAUGUACAUUUUAUAAGACACAUGCCAUUUUUUAUCAUGCUCAUACAUUUGUAGUUCCCUCCUACAGCCAAUCAGCCCUGGGAGUUGUAGGUGCAUGUAGAUGCUUCUGCUCUUGUUCAUUUUCUCCUAAACUCAAUUAAACAGCUCUGUUAAAGAACAAGGACCAACAUACAGUGCAUGUUAAAGUGGCUUUCUCACUUCAAACAUACAUUUAUCCUAUUGUUUCCUCUUCUCUUCCUGUUUCAUAAUCUUUUCUUCUUUUCUUUUAUUUCUCUUUAAAGAAAAUAAGACAAAGCAAGGACAUUUUUUUUUUUUUUUUAAACUUGGCCAACUUGACAAAGGGAGGAGAUUUUGCCUUAAGCUUCACAGUUUUGUUACAAUUGUCAAGAAUAGGAAAAUACAUAAGACAAAAUAGUCCAUAUUUUGUCUUAUGUUUUAAAGAGAAACACUAAAUUGUAGAUAUAUAUAAAAAUAAAUUAGUACAUCAUUCACAAAAGGGAAUAUGGGCAUCAUUAUACAGCUGCUUUUUAUUUAAAACAUUUUUAUUUAAAAAUAAACAAAAUUGACACAACAGUCUAUUCAAUAUUAAAAACACAUUAAGAGAUUUUAAAGUUUAGUGACAUUUAAUCUUCAUACAAUGGUUACAUUUGUAAAAUCGAAGAAUACACUUCGGCCUUGAUUUAAUAUUUUUGGAUAAGCUUUUCAAAUUGUUUAAUAUUUAUGGAUAAUCUUUUUAAAUGAUUUAUUAUUCUAAAACCUAUUUUAAUAUAUUUUGAUAUGUUGAUAUAUUUUUAUAUUUGAUAUAAAUAUUGAUGUAAAAUGCUAAAUAAUUUAACAAGCUUAUCCAAAAAUAUUAAAUAUUAACAUUAUGGCUGAGAAACAUAAUGAAACUAUUUAAUAAAGCAACAUUUUCCAUUGUUACCUAGUACAAGCAGCACAGAGUCAAAGCACUUCACAAAAAGCUAAAUACAUAUUACUCAGCAAAAAUUGUACUUGAUUCAAAGGAUACCUUUAAAUAAAGUGUAUUUCAGAUGUGGUUAAACAACCCAUCCUUUCAUCUUCAGGAUAUUUUAGGCAGUUAUAAGAGUUGGGACAAAUUGUUUCAAAUUGUCAUAAAAACUUUAAGGCUGAGUCUUCUUUUAUUUAUAGUUUAGUAAUUUUUGUCAUGUACAUACAACAUCAACAGUAAAAGAGUUGAAUUGACAUGUUAGGAAUGUACCAAGAAUAAUAAUAAAAAAGGAUUAACACAUAAAACAUGUAUACCAGACAUGUAAACGUGCAAUCAACAAUACAAUACAUAUUGAACACCAAGAUCUCCGGUAAUGUUGGGGUCCAACCAGGGCCAGACUGGGGAAAAAAUUUGGCCUGGGCAUUUUUCAAUUACAGAGGCCCCCUGACAAGGGGGCAGGGCCAGAAAGGGGGUGUUUUGUCAUCACUAAUGACAAGCACGCCCCAUCUCAAAGUGAGCAUGUUGGUUCAAAGUGCAGAGCCUCGCUGAAGAGUUCUAGCAUGAGAAAAAGGCUCUGUAUUUGUUCUGCGCAGUGCAAGCAAAUAUAAAAACAUGCUUGCCCUGUGUUUGCUUUUAACUUGUCUCUGGUGUCUCCAUAAGUGGGAUACCAGUGGACAAAAAGGCCAGGAAAGCGUGGGCAGUGCUGCCAUCCUUGGUGUUCCUAGUGGUGAGUGAACUCUAGCCUGUGGGGCUAGAGCUCACUCUCACCAGAUCUGAUAAUUGCCGUAGUAACUGCGGCAAUGCUCCGACCUCGCGAGAGGAACCCAGCGGAGCUGCAGGUUAAAGCUCCACCGGGUCCUCUCUCCCUCCCCAGCCGGAGGCCACAUGUAACUGCCUGUGGGCCAAUGUGGGUGAUCUUUGAUCUCCCCACUGACCCAUAAAGGCACACAGCAGGGCCAGCGCUCGUAUAGUGCCGGCACUGCAUGGGCCAAGAGGGGAGAUCUGUGACCUCCCCUGUGGGCAUUUGGCCGGUAUGCCCGAUGGCCAGUCUGGGCCUGGGUCCAACCAACUCUCAAAAGGCUAUGUCCUCAUCCCUUGCCCACCCUUAUGUCUGAGCCAUUCACAUUGUAGCUUUCCUCAUCCCCUGCUCACCCUUAUGUCUGAGCCAUUCACAUUGUAGCCAUAAAUUUGUAGAUUUUUUUUUUUUUAUGACCUGUGUUAGACUAGGACUUUCAUUCUGCUUCCAAUGUAAUGUAAUUAUAUGAGGCUUCUUGUAGCAAAAGAAAUGUGAGAAUCUAAAACUUGUGCAAUUGCGGAAUUGUUUCGGAGAACUUCAACUGAAAAUAUACUGGUGGGUCAAAAAGGGAUGUCAUUGACAUCCAUUUCAAUCAACAGAUAGGCAAUAUUUUGUCCAUAGGGGUACUAACUGAGCAGGACCACCAUAUUUGUAGAAAAUAUUUAAUAAGUCUUAUAUCUAGUAAGUCUUUCUGUGGCAGUUUAUACAGUUCCAUGUCCACCCAUUGCAACUCACCACAAGGAGCAUGAAGUAAGACAGACAUCGAGAGGAUUGCUGCUUUAUAAAAGCAGGGAUAUAUAAAUGAGAUACGUUGUCAAUGUAGUAAUUUGAUUGCUGACAAUAUGUGAUGGAGACCUUGUGAUUUCCUUGAGGAACUCGUUUGAGGCUUAUUGGUGUCUGUAACUCGUGGCCUUUCUCAGGAUCCACGCCAUUGUGUCUGACUAGCUUUGUAGGGCAAUUUUACCUCUUGAAUUGCCUUUGUGAUUAGUGCAUUGAGAUUGAAAACUGGGUAACAUAUUCACUCCGGGCAUGCUACUCAAUCUCCUCCAGGACACCCUGGGUCCUUAUAUUAUUGCAGCAGUUAUGGCCCUCGUGAUGCUCCAUUUUGUUUUCUUUGGUCUGUAAGGCAGUGUAGACAUUUGCCAAUGUCUUGUGAGCUCCUAUGAGCUCUUCAGCCUUCUCCUCUAUUGCCAGGAAAUCUGCCCUGAUGUCUUUUGACAUCUUGGAGAAGUUAGCCCCGAAGGAGGAUUUAAGGUUGGGCAGCAUUCAGUGUACCAAGGGGGGAAUGGAUAUAUAUGUAAUUUCGCUCUUCUCAAAGCCGGAAAAACGUGAGGUUUGGUUUUUAACAACAUCUUGGAUAUACAUUCGUGGAAGAGAGAAUGCAUCUACCUUAAGGCCUGUCACCUUGGAUUAAGAUUUAUUUGCGGGACAUGCCACAAGUAAGGUAAGUGUUAGGAACACUAACACUAGUUAGUGGUGGCUGUAGCUUAAAAACCACUUAGAAGAUCUGCUAUUUUCCACUUGAGUUUAAAAGAGGACGUAUAUGUGUGAAAAUUAAGUUUAAGACAUAUUUUGAGAGAUAGAAGAAAUCUCAGAAAAUAUGUUUUUAUGAAAACAUUUGAAACAUUCCAGCAAUUUUUACCUUUUGAUUUACACACAUAAUUAAUCUCUGAAUGUGAGCAUAGGCUUAGAAAGGAAUGCAGUGUGUUCUCAAGAUUUAAGUACUAAACAACUUUAGCUUAAUGAAUCAGUUUUGGUGUAUAGAUCAUGCCCUGCAGUCUCACUGCUCAAUUUUCUGCCAUUUAGGAGUUAAGUCACUUUGUUUAUGUAUUUCUAGCCACACAUCUCUUGCUUGUGACUUACAUUUCCUCUCAACACUCUUCCUGUAAAGUGAGAUCUAAGUUUUAUCGCACAAAGUUUUUCAUUUUUCAAUGUCUUAUCUCAGGGCUUCCCAAACUUUUAUGGGCCGAGACCCACUUUUGAAAAUGGUAAUUUUUCGAGACCCACUUGCUUUUAAUGCAUAGUUUAAAAAUGAACAUGAUGGCAAUCGCUAGAGGCAUAUAACUGGCACACAAUGACAAUCAGCGUUAGAUGCAUACAAUUGGCACACCUUGGCAAUCAGUUUCAGAGGCAUACCAUUGGCACACCAUGGCAAUCAGCUUUACAGGCAGACAACUGGAACAUCACGGCAAUCAGUUUUAGAUGCAUAAACUUGGCACAUCAUGGCGACUUUAGGUGCAUAAAAUUGGCAAACCAUGGCAAUCAGUUUUAGAGGAAUACAAUUGGCACACCAUGGCAAUCCGCUUUAGAUGCAUAAAAUUGGCACACUAUGGCAAUCAGCUAUAGAGGCAUAAAAUUGGCACACCAUGGCAAUAUGUUUUAGAGGCAUGCAACUGGAACAUCAUGGCAAUCAGCUUUAGAUGCAUAAACUUGGCACAUCACGGCAACUUAAAAUGCAUAAACUUGGCACACCAUGGCAAUCAGCUUUAGAUGCAUAAACUUGGCACAUCAUGGCAAUCACUUUUAGAUGCAUAAACUUGGCACAUUAUGGCAAACAGCUUUAGAAGCAUACAAUUGGCACACCCUAGCAAUCAGUUUUAAUAACAUACAAUUGGCACACCACGGCAAACAGUCCUAGAUGCAUAAAGUUGGCACAUCAUGGCAGCUUUAGACGCAUAUAAUUGGCACACCAUGAUAAUCAGUUUUAGAUGCAUAAAACUGGCAUAUCAUGGCAGUUUUAGAGACAUAAUUCUGGGAUAUCAUGGCAGUUUUAGAAGCAUAAUUUUGGGUAUCAUGGCAGUUUUAGAGGCAGAAACUUGGCAUAUCAUGGCAAUCAGUUUUAGAGGCAUACAACUGCUUACUCACAGACUCCGUCAGAAUCAGAAGUGCUGUGUCCCACGCUUUCAUCCAGGCACCUCAUGUUGAGUAUCCCAGUGGUGGAACUAAUGUAAAGAGGGCACUGGUGCAAGUAUUUUUUCUGGGCCUCAACAAUGCUAUGCCAGCUGGGCAUCGUUGCAGGGUUUUAUUUGUGAGCAGUGUUUGAGCAUUUGAAUGUAAGCAUGUUUUUGUAUUAAGAAUAUGUGUGCAUGUAUGGGUGUAUUAGUAUGUACUAUUGCCAUUGGAAUAUAGUGGUGUACUUGUGUGUAAUGUUUGCAUCUGAAUGCAGAGGUGUUUGUAUGUAGUGUUGGAGUUUAAAUGGUGUGCUUUUUGUGUGUUGUGUUGGUGUUUGAAUGAAGGGGUGUUUGUAUAUAAUUUUAGUGUUUUAAAACAGGGGUGUGUUUGUAUGUAAUGUUUGCAUUUGAUUGCAGUGCGUGUGUAGUGGAUGCAGUGUGUAUAUUGUGUACAUAAAAUAUACAUAUACACAAUGUGUGUUUGGAUGUAAGCAGGUUUUUGUAUGAAGUAUGUGUGUGAAUUGUGGUGUUUGAAUGCAGGUGUGCAUGUGUGUGCAGUGUAUACACUUCCACACACAUUGAAACACAUACAGAGACACGGACAAACAAAUACACACUGACGUAGCGAUACACACAGACACACACACAACACCUUAUUUUGCACACACAGAUACACAGACACUCAUGUACACAAAUACACACAGACACACAUGGACACACAAAUACACACACACUGACACAAAAGGACACACAGAUACACAUACACACAUAAACAGGAGCUGAGGGUGACAGUGUGGAAAAGAGUGUGUGUGUGUGCUGGGGACAGUGUGGGGGGGCAGUCUGAAAAAGGGUUGCAGUGUCGGGGCAGGGUAAGAAAGGGUUGAAGUGUGGAGGCAGGGUGAGAAAGGGUUACAGUGGGGUGGUUAUAGGGAGAAAAAGCUUCAGUGGGGGGGGGGUAGGGGAGAAAGGGCUACAGUGGGGGGCAGGGUAAGAAAGGGUUACAGUGUGAGCAGGGGUGGCAGAGUGAGAAGGGGUUACAGUGUGGGGUGUAGGGUGAGAAAGGGUUACAGUGGGGGGUGCAAAGUGAGAAAGGGUUACAGUGAGGGGUAGGGUAAGAAAGGGUUACAGUGUGGGGGCAGGGGGAGAAAAUGUUAUAGUGGGCAGGCAGGGGGAUAAAGGGUUACAGUGUGGGGGGGCAGGGGGAGAAAAGGCUACAUUGGGGGGAGGUGGCAUGGAGAAAAAUGGUUACAGUGUGGGGAGGGGAAUAGAGUGAGAAGGGGUUACAGUGUGGGGAGGGGGGACAGGGAGAGAAAGGGUUACAGUGUGGAGAAGGGGUUACAGUGUUGGGAGGGGGCAGGGAGAGAAAGGGUGACAGUGUGGGGAGGGGGCAGGGAGAAAAAGGGUUACAGUGUGGGGAGGGGAAUAGAGUGAGAAAGGGUUACAGUGUGGGGAGGGGGGACAGGGAGAGAAAGGGUUACAGUGUGGAGAAGGGACCAGGUUGAGAAAGGGUUACAGUGUGGGGGCAGAGGAGAGAAGAGGCUACAUUGGGGGCAAGUGGAGAAAGAGGGUUACAGUGUGGGGAGGGGCAGGGGAGAAAGGGUUACAGUGUGGGGAGGGACAGAUUGAGAAGGGGUUACAGUGUGGGGAGGGGGGCAGGGAGAGAAGGGGUUACAGUGUGGGGAGGGGGGGGGCAGGGAGAUAAAGGGUUACAGUGUGGGGAGGGGGCCAGGGGGAGAAAGGGUUACAUUGUUCUUGUUCGAAACUAUAUUUUUAUUACAUAAAGUGUUAUUAGCAAGUCACCUAAAAUUUCUCAGAAAAGCCCUUACCCACACUCCCACUCAAACCCCUAUAUGAUAUAUGAAACCAACCCCACAUGCAUGUAAACUUUUAAAUGCAUUUAAAAUCCAUUUUCACAAGCAUUCUAAAGCAUAGAGAAUUCUACUGGGACAGCAAUGGGGAUUAUUUGUUGCUUCCUAUAGGUGUUUUGGAGGUGUUAAGGCUCAGAUUAAUUGUUUGGAAUGGGCAUAGAACACCAAUAGGCCUGUUGAAUGUCAGAUACAGAUUUGUACCUACAAUGUCAAAGCUGCUUUUGGCACUUUAUGCAUUCUGGACAGCGUUUCCCACAUAGCUCAACUACAUCGGGGAAAAAUAUAUACGUGCCUUCCUUGCCACACGUGAUAAAUAUGGCACUGGAAACGUCAGAGCUACAGCAGAUCUUAAGAAUAAAUGUAUAAAAAGUUAAUUUAAAAAAAAAAGUAGCUUGUGCCUAUUUCAAUGUGUAUGCUCUGAACGUCAUACUUUAAUCGUCCCCACAAUAAUCUGGGCCUGGCUAUCCCCUAUUUUGCCAAAUACCGCAUGCCCCCCAGUUUCUAUGGGAUGUAGGGGAUAUCCCACUAUUUUUUAUUUAUUGUACUCAGAUUAAUUGUGGGUAGUUAGUUCUUUGCAACUUUCUUUUAAAGUAAUUAAAGGGUUAGUUUAGUCAAAGCUAGGUGAUCUGCACAUGCUUAUGAGGGCUUAUGAGGUCGCUUGCUCCUCUCAUUGAAUCGAUUAUUUUUUCUUUGCCUAUAGUUUACGUUUCUUUGGGUGAAAAUUGUAAAAGUGGGCAAGUGUUCUCUUUUUAUGUGUGAUAAUCAAAAAGAGAAAAAAGCAGCUGAAUUACCAUUGACAUGUAGAAGUGAAACACAACUGUUGAAUGUAAACAGCUUUAAAGGAGCACACCAGUAUUAUAAAAAAAAGCCUUUAUAUGUAAUGCUGGAUUGUAUAAAACUGAAUUUGGCUUGAUAAUAUUGUAAAGCGCUACGGAAUCUGUUGGCGCUAUAUAAAUGGCAAUAAUAAUAAUAAUCAGACCCCGUCGUGCCUUACUUCUAAGUCAGCAGCAAUGGAAUCUCUCACCUAUUUCCAUUCUGUCUCUGUGAUCUCAUCAAUACUGAUAAUCUCCCUGAAAAUACUACUCUCAUAGUAUUCGCCAAUGCUUUUCAUAAGAGAAAUCCUAGCAUUCACUUUGUGCUGAAAAAUAAGGCUAUGAGCACCCUUCUGGCUGACAGAUCGACAGCUGGCAAGGUGCGACACAGAAGCUUUAUAAAAGAAGCUUUUUAUGAAGUGAAAAAGACACUCUGUUAACCCCCUGUUAAUAUAUGUGAUAUGUUAUAUAUUCCUUGCAACGUGCCCUUUAAUUAAUAAAGCUUCUUCUUGUUAUAUAGGUUUCACUGAGUUGUUUGAAAUUCAAAGUCAUUUCACAAUAAAUUUCAAAUAUUUGUUAAUUGCCCUCUAAUACCCAGAUAUUCUGCACACCCCAAUCUGUUAUAUUGUUUAAUUACUUUUACGUUGAUGAGUUCAUCCACACCACCUAUACAUACGUACUGCGGAAUCCCUCAUCACUCCCAGCUAGCAAAAAAAAACAACAACCCAUGCAUUUCUCAUUGCUAGCUUUAGCUGUAAUUCCUUUAUAAAUAUGUUAUAGGAACUAUUACUUUGUUUCAAUAAAUUGUGUUAUCUUGAAAAUGUAACAAAAUGGUAUGUUUACUGAACAAAUACUGAAAUACUGGAAAAUAGAGAUUAACAGGUUUUUUAAAAUUAAAUAUUUCCUUUUAGUUACGCCAAGGGACAGUGCCUCUCCUUCUUCCUUCCCAACAAAUAAAUAUAUUGGAACCCCACUGAAUACAAUAAUGAAAAGGGGUAACAUUCUUUUUAGAUCAAAGGUUGCCAAACUGCCUAGUCAGUUGUUUGUUUUUUUCCACAGUACAUUUCUGCGGCUCAUUGUUGCAUGCCCUAAAGCACUCACAAUAGCUUAUGUCUAAAUAGCUAUUUAGGAGGUGGGUGUGGAAAUGGGUGGAGGCAAUUAGGUCUUAAGAGACUGUGCACUGUAAUUCCAGUAACAUGUAAAACCUCUUUUAACAUAAUUACAUUUAUUUCACUUUUAUUGGUAUGUCAUUUUAUUGCAGCUUUUAUAUUAUUUCUCCUUAAAGGUCUAUUGUUUGUCAAGUUUUAUAGUCAUCUCCAUGAAAGCAAGAUGUGUAACCCUUCCAAUGGCAGUAUGGCUUACAAUGCACUUUGAUGGUUCUAUUUCAUGUAUUUGUUGAAAUAAUUUGUUCACGGAUGUAUGUCUAUGUAUUUAAACAAAAACAUAAAUAUAUGUGUAUAGAUAGGAUACAUCAUAAUAAAAAAAAAAAAAAAAGAGAUGGUAUUAUUUUGAUUGGUUGAAUGAAGGCUAGAUUUAUUUCCUUUAAUGUUUGGGCAAUAUCAAGGAAUAUAUCUCCUGGUCUUCCCAAGUUUGGUGGGAAUUACAAUUCCAGGGAACAGCUGCUGUUUGCAAUGGGAAAUUAGAUGGGGAGAGGUAAUUGACCUGUUUCUGUCUCCCCAGUUCUUAUGCCAAUAUAUCUAUAAUGAGAGAGGGAAAUAAUAAUGUGCAGAUCGUAAUAGCCCUGAGAUAAAGGAUCUCAAAACUGCAUUAGUGUCAAUUCUGCCAUUCUACCACCAUCAAUGUUGUUUAGAUGACAUUCAUCAUUCCUUUUCUAAUGUGUGUUCAAACAAAAUGAAACCUAUUGACCUUGUCUGCUUGCUUUUAAUAUAAGUGCAAACAGACACACUUGUGUAUGGCUGUAUUUCAAUGUGCAGGGAGGGGUACCUAAUAAAAUGGUCCCUUAGGGUAUAUUUAUACACUCAGUAUAUAAAUAUAUAUUUCAAAUAGUUACAAUGCAAAUUUUAUGUGUGUAUAUACAACAUAGAACUUCUAAAGGUAAUAUGUUUAAAAGUUAAACAGCAAAGAAAUGCCAUCCAACACAAAUAUAUUUGUAAAAUGCUGGACCAAUUACCUCCUCUUAUAACAUAUACACUGAUCAGCCACAAUAUUAAAACCAUCUGCCUAAUAUUAUGUAGGUCCCCCUCAUUCUAUCAAAAUAGCUGAUGUGUCGAGGCAAGAACUCCUUUAAGACCCUUUGGUAUCUGGCACCAUGACAUUAGCAGUGCGCAUUUUUAAGUCCCGCAAAUUGCAAGGUGGGCCUUCAUGGAAUGGAUUUUUUGUUCCAGUACAUUCCACAGAUGCUGAAUUGGAUUAAGAUCUGUGGAACUUGGAAGGCAAGGCAACACCUUUAAUUCUUUGUCAUGUUCCUCAAACCAUUCCUGAAUAAAUUUUGCAAUCUGACAGGGUGUAUUAUCCUGCUGAAAGAGGCCACAGCCAUCAGGGUACACUAUUGCCACAAAGGGGUGUAUGUGGUCUAGGUAGGUGUCAUGUGUGAAGGUAACAUCUACAUAAAUACCAGGAUCCAAAGUUUCCCAGCAGAACAUUGCCCAGAGCAUAGCACUGCCUCCCCCUGCUUGUCUUCUUCCCAUAGUGCAUCCCGCUACUAUCUCUUUCCUAGAUAAAUAACGUUUACCAUCCCUGCCAUCCACCUGAUCUAAAAGCAAACAUGAUUCAUCAGACCAGACAACCUUCUUCCAUUGCUUCAUUGCUCCACAUCCCCAUUGAAGUAAAGGCACUUUCGGUGGUGGACAAGGGUCAUCAUGAGCACUUUGACCAAUCUGUGGCUACACAGCCUCAUAUGCCGAAAACUGUGAAGCACUGUGUGUUCUUACAUCUUUCUAUCAUGGCAAGCAUAUUGUUUUUCAGCAAUUUGUACUACAGUAGCUCUUCUGUGUGAUCGGACCAGACAAGCUAGCCUUCAAUCCCCAUGUGCAUCAAUGAAACUUGGGCUCCCAUGACCCUUAUGCAGGUUCACCGUUUAUCCAUCCUAGCACCAUUUUUGGUAGCUCGUAACCACUGCAUACUGGGACUACCCCAUUUUGGAGAUUCUUUGUCAUCUAGUCAUCACUAUUUGGCCCAUGUCAAAGUCACUCAGAUCUUUUAGUUUGCUCAUUUUUCCUGCUUCCAACAUAUAAAAUUCAAGAACUGACUGCUCACUGUUUAAUAUAUCCCACCCAUUGAUAGAUAUUGUUUUAACAAUAUAAUAGAUGUUAUCCAAUUCACCUGUCACUGGUUUUAAUAAGUACCUGUAUCUAGCCCUAGGAACUCCAAAGAACUAUGUAUUAAAUGAAGGCAGAAUGAGAAUUUGUAUUACCAGUCAUCACUACCUUUAUUGAGCCCUUAUAGCCCUUAUCAUGGAGUGAGUUUUAAGAAAUUAAAGCGUCCUGAGUAAUGCCAGGACUACUAAUUAUAAUUUUGUUAAAAAUUCAUACUUUUCGAUAUUAAUAUAUAUAUAUAUAUAUAUUUUAUAUAUAUAUUUUUUUUUACAUAGAUCCAAAUAAUUAACAUGACAAAAUAACAUAAUGCCUAUAAAAUAGACUCAAUGGCCCAUUCUUAAAUCACAAUCCUUUAUAUAACAAAAUAAUUCAACAAAAUACCUUCAGUAGAAUUCUCCCAAUAUCAAAAGGCUGUUGAUUAAGACAUUGCCUAUAUGGUUAACCCAAUUAUUAUCUAUGGUUGCCUAUGUUUUAACGAAUCUAUGAAUAUAUUUGUUCAUAUCUGUUUGAACCAAUUUGUUCUGCUGAUAUUCCAUAGCACUAAAUUUUGCCUUCGGAGUUAAAAACCACUGCUCUAUAUUCUCUGUGUUUUAUAGAAAGUCCAGUGUUCUCCUGUCCAGUGUGCAGGGAGCUACUAUAUGUACUAAGGAUGCCAUGUUCUUAGAAUUCUAUGUGCUAAAUCAUGAGUGUAAUAUGAUUAGGUGGUUAACUUUUAUAUUUUUACAUUUUGUCUACAACUGCAUUACUGUUGACAUUCUAGAGAUGUAAUAUAAUUUCUUAUGAAAAUAGUUGUUUUAAAUUAUCUUGAAAUUUUGAGGUAGACUAUAGCAGCUUGUGACUUAUAUUUAAGAAGCACAUGUCAUUGCAUUCAAAGCAAUUUUUUUUUUAAAUAUCCCUAAAAAACACACUGAGAUUCAUUCAAAUUAUUUUACUGGGUUCCAUCCAGGAGUGCCAAAACAGAUGUAAAAUAUAAUUUUAUUUUUGGGAAAUGUCCUAAACCUCUGUUUAUUCUGAAGUUGGCACGCCAUGUGGUCACUGAAAAAAAUGAAUGAUUUACUCAAGUGGAAUGUACAGCUUUAAUAAAAACCUAAUGCCUUGUCCCAUAUUAUGAAAAGUCAAUAACGUUUUUGUGUAUUCUCCAAACACUGUAUAAAUCUGAUGAGAAAGCUGUUAUUGAAAGAAUUCUAUUGUUAGGGAUGAGGGACUGGAAAUCAUUCAUUGACUUUUAUUAACUCUUUGAAAGACCAACGAUGGUCUACGUCUGUCAUAACAAACUGUUCUUUGAAGUUCCUAUUCUGAAACAGAAUGACCCAGUCAUUUAACAUACACAUGGCUUGUUUGAGCUUCCAGAAGGUCUUUAGGUGCCAGAUUUUGAGUUCUCUAAAGUGUAGCAUUUGGUAUUUAAGGGGCGGAACACAAUAGCAGUAUGUUUUAAAUCAAUAGUUAGAAAAUGUGCUGAAACAGUAAAACACUGGCCAAUAAAAGGUAAACCAAGGUCAGAUCUGCUAUAUACAACUUCUGCUAACCUACACACAUUGUUGGGAGCAUCUAACAUGCAUAGUUCUUGAAGGUAAAAAAAAAAGGAAUCAUGUAUUGAAGCUUAAUUUAUGCAGUGAUCUUGUCAUUUUAACCUGGUAAUUUAAAACAUAGUAGUUUUGUAGGAAAUGUAAUGUUUACCUUUCAGGGUUAAACACACAUCUAGUUGCUGACUUUCUGACAACCACAAAACACACUUCCUCCUUCAGAACUGAGUAAGACUUGAUUCUGGAAUCAAAUUCUACUAAUUCUCUAUGAGAAGCAAUGGAUUGGAGGAGAUUGCAGGUGAUGUCAAAUUGUAUGCUGACAUCACCAGAGGUGGAGUUGGAGUCUGCAGCUUAUUUUACUUAAUGCCAAAGGGUGGUGGAAAAAGGGAGGUGGACAAAAUAUCGAAUGUCAUUUUUGGUACUAUAGUUACGUUUAAGCAAAUGGGCCACAAACAGUCAUGCCAGCUAAAAAUGGAAACAUAAGGCUACUGGUGAUAACCAAAACUGGAUAACUGCAAACUGAAAACCAUAAUUCUUACUGAAGUAUGCAAGGCAUAACUGGUGAAUGGCUUUUUUAGGUCCACCAUAUAACUCUUUGUACUAGCUAUCAUUUACAUCUUGUAGAUGUAGUAAGUAUCACUUUCCUUAAUGCCCACUGUCUCUCCUUUUCACAACUUCAGUUUAUUCCCAUGGUCAGAAAAGACCCAGAUCUCCAUUUAAUAGGGUGAGAAUGUCAGAAUGUAAGGGUAAAUGAAUUAUACUUUGCACAUCUUAUUCAUUACUAAAGAGACCACUUUAUCAUGGAGUUUAGCUUAGGAGGCAUACAUGGGGGAUUUUACAUCUUACCAGUAUACAGGUAAUGUGUAGAUAAUGGGUUCUUACCACUCCUGGUUUUGUUAUUAAAGAUACAUAAAUUAUUAUUUCUUUCCAGUAAUUUGAUAGCCCACUGGUCGUUAAUUAAAAACUACCCUAUUAUGAAUUGCUUUGGUUGAAGAGACGAUAAAGUGAGAGCACACAUGGAUAACAUUCUCUCUAACCUAGUCAUAACGCAAAGGCUCUGUAGGAAGGUGGAAAGGUAUUUACCGUACCUCUUUUGGUAAUUAGUGACGAUUGUGAGGCACUUUAUUUUUCUAGGGCAGCAACACCUGCUGCAAUCUAAGUAGAAGAGACAUAUGCGUCUUUCUAGUAAGUAGGUAAACCUGGGGACCAUUUCUUGUGUUAUUCAUCUCUCCACUCUGCACUCUACACAGGUUGGCUGGAGUGAGAGGAGCUACUGCCAAAUGUAAAAGAGAAUGGAACAAGGUUCAAGGCAGAGCAUGUGAUAAAUUCAGUAUGGGGAUACUGCCCAGGGCUGAAAGUGUUUCUCUGACCCUUGAAGAAAACACAGGAAGACUAGAACAGAAAAUGUUUUCCCUGUGUGUAGCCAAAGCAAAGAUUGUGCUAUAGCCAAGACCAGUAGUGGAUGAUGGAGCUGAAUGGACUUUGUGUGUCACAUUUUCCAGAAAUGGAACAUAGGAUUGCACUUUUAGAUUAUUGAAUUAAUAUCAACAGGUGUUGGGUAUACUUUCUCUUUACCAUUUUUUUGUACUUUGGAGCAUUGUAAAAAUAAAAUAAAAGGGACACUAUAGUCACUAAAACAACUUUAGCUUAAUCUUAAUUAACCGCUUUAAUGUAUAGAUCAUGCCCCUGCAGUCUCACUGCUCAUUUCUCUGCCAUUUAGGAGUUAAAUCACUUUGUUUAUGCACCCUAGUAACUCCUCCCUGCAUGUGACUUGCACAGCCUUCCUAAACACUUCCUGUAAAGAGUCAUUUAAUGAUAAUCCUUCCUUUAUUGCAAGUUCUGUUUAAUGUAAAUUUUCUUAUCCCCUGCUAUGUUAAUAGUUUGCUAGACCCUGCAAGAGGCCCCUGUGUGUAAUUAAAGUUCAAUUUACAGAGCAGGAGAUACAAUUGUUUAAGGUAAGUUACAUCUGAUUGAAAGUGAAACCAUUUUUUUGUUUCAUGGAGGCUCAGAUCCAGGGGAGGUGUGGCCAGGGCUGCAUACACAGAAACAAAGUAAUUUAACUCCCAAAUGGCAGUGAAUUGAGCAGUGAAACAUCAGAGGCAUGAUCUAUACACUAAAACUGCUUCAUUAAGCUAAAGUUUUUGAGUUGACUAUAGUGUUCCUAUAAGUGCAAAAAAAAGUACAAAGUACAAAGGGAAAAAAUCCUGUAUCUGAUUUCACAUUUAUUUUAACACCAAGAUUUAUGUGUAAAAUGGGCUUAUAUGUAUGUAUUCACAUACAUUGCGAUAAUAAUUUCCAAUGUUGAGCACUGCAAAAUAUAUUGAUGCUUUAUAAAUGAAAACCAUUCUGGACUGCUAUCUGAAUGUAUAAGGAGCAAUGAUUAACAUUUUUUUUGAUCAUACAUUCAAUUUAUUCAAAAAGUGGUGUGCUAAAGAAGCAUUUUGACUGCUUCUGAUUACACUAUUUACAUAGGUGUGCGCACGGGGUGUGCCGGGUGUGCCUGGGCACACCCUAAUCCCCGUGGCACGCCUAUGUAUAUUGAGACCGGCAGAGGAGAUCUCAGGAUCUCCCCUGUCGGCUCAUGCAGAGCCAGGGCUAUCCGAGCGCCAGCUCUGCUCUCAGCCUUCCUCCCCACCGACCCACAGGCAGGGAGGGAGGCAGGAGAGGACCCAGGGAGGUCUUGCCAGUAGCUCCACCGGGUUCCUCUCGCGGGAUUCUGAGCGUUGCCGUGGCAACGCUCAGAUCUCGCGAGAGUGAACUCUAGCCCCGCAAGCUAGAGUUCACUCUCCACUCGACCACCAGGGAUGGAAGCAGCAGAAAUGAUCCCCCCUCCCAGGCAUAAGGUAGGAAGGGAGGGGGGAUAUUUAUUAAACGGCCCCCACACAAUACACACAAUCACCCAAACAUACAGCACCCACAAACAGCACCCACCACACACAGCAUCUACACACAUACAGCACACACCAACAGCACCCUCACACACACAGCACCCUCACACAUACACAGCACCCUCACACACAUAGCACCCUUACACACACAGCACCAUCACACAUACACACUAACAGCACCCUCACACACACACACACACACUAACAGCACCCUCACACACACAGCACACUCACACACACACACUAACAGUAGCCUCACACACACAGCGCCUUCACACACACACACAGUGCCCACACACAGUGCCCCCCCCCACACACAGCAGUAUAUGUGUGUGUGUAUAUAUAUAUAUAUAUAUUAUUAUUAUUGCCAUUUAUAUAGCACAUAUAUAUAUAUAUAUAUAUAUAUAUAUAUAUAUAUACACACACACACACGCAGCGUGUGUGUUUGUGCUUUUGGGUGCACACCCUUAUACAAUAGGCUGCACACGCCUAUGACUAUUUAAUAAAUGUAAUUAAAGGAACACUAUAGGCACUCAAACCAAUUCAUCUCAAUACAGUGGUCUGGGUGCCAUGUGCCUCUGUUUUAGCCUGCAACUGAAAAACACUGCUGUUCUGCAGGAUUAACCUAAACUCCACUAUUUCUAUCAGAUGGCCUGGGAGAGACCAUCUGUAUGGCGCAUCACAUUUUUGCCAUGCAUACAAAAGAAUUUGAUUGACAGAGUUGGAGCUUAACAGAGGAGACUGGCGCUUUGAAGGGGAGUCAUCAUGGGCACUCUGCGGCUACGCAGGCUCAUACUCAGCAAACUGCAACUGAUUCUGACCCCAGUUCACCGGUUCUCUUUCCUAGAGCCACUUUUGGUAGGUACUAAUAACUGCAUACUGGGAACACCCCACAAGACAUCCAGUAUUGUAGAUGCUCUGACCCAGUUAUGUAGCCAUCACUAUUUGGCCCUUGUCACUCAGAUCUUUUCGUUUGCCCAUUUUUCCUGCUUCCAACACAUGUUCACUUACUGCCUAAUAUAUCCCACCACUAGACAGGUGCCAUUUUUUAACAAUGUUAUCCACUUCACCUGUCAAUGGUUUUAUUGCUGUGGAUGAUCAAUGUAUUUGAAUUCCUAGUGCUAUGAUGUUCAUUUAAUCCAUCACAUGGGUCUCUCAGAAAAUGAAGGCAAACCAGUAAACAAUUGAUUGACAAAACAUACAAUCAAAUGGAAUCCAAUGCUAACUGUUAGAAAAACAAAAGUAGAUAGAAUCCCCUUGUACAGCGCUGCGGAAUUAGUUGGCACUUUAUAAGUAAUAUUAAUAAUAAUAAUAGAAUACAAAAUAUACUGGUGGGAAACAAUUUUGAAUUAGUAGAAUAAUACAAAAAAGGUGUACAUGGUGUAAAAGAAAAACAAUGGAAUAGCUCAAUGUAUUGUUUUGAAUUAGUAGAGUCUAAAUGUUUCUCAAUAAUUAAAAGGGGCUGAUAAUAUACUUUUUUUUUUUAACUUUUACUUAAAAUCUAAUAAUUUUAUAUUUUUCUUGUACCAGUUUUUAAGUAAAAAAUGCUAGCAUUACAUGGGGUUAAUAUGUAUUUUAAUAUUCUAGUAUAUACAUGAAUAUUGUAUUUUCAUAUUGCAUGAGCCUUUUUUUCCAUGGAAUAAUUAACAAACAUAAGCCCACUGCAUUUUUCCUGGAAGAAGCAGCAACAAAAACUAUUGACUUUUGAUUUCAAACCAUGUGUGCACAGGUGCUUAAUAAGGUACAAUAUGCACUCUCUAGCAUAAAGGACAGUUAAUGUCCCUGGUCAUUGUUCCUCAUUGUAUGCCUGGACUUGACAGGUCUUGAUAAACUUGUCAAGCAAUGAUGUAGAUAUAAUUUAUAUACCUUAUAUGUAUACACACACAUACACACACAUGCACAAAUGUUCAAAAAUAAUGGUUUGCCCAGUUCUUCAAACAAAAAUGUGAGGCUGAAUCUACCGUUAGGUGCUACUUUUUCCAAGGUAUUUUAUAUUAAUAGAUAUAUCCAGGAAGCCUGCUAUUACUUUUACAAAUAUACAAUUCCAUGUUCAAAUAAACAACAAGUUUCCCAUAUUUUCCAGCUCACGGGAUAUCCUUUGUUUAAAAUAUUUACAGAUUUACAGCCUCAGUGUCUAUGGUGACAUUACACAGUACAAGUAACAGAAAAUAAACUAAACAAAGCAAGAUUUCAUAAAAUGAGUAGAAUCAGCCGGAUGGGCAGUAUGCCAGUGUAAAUCUGGAAGGUAUUUGAAGUUCUUCUCAUGGCACCAUUGUGUUGAGUGGUUUGAAUAUAUUUCCAUAUCCCUUACAGCUAGAUGACAUCUUAACGGAAAACUCUUUAUAUAUAUAUAUAUAUAUAUAUAUGUGUGUAUAUAGUUUCAUUUACGUAUAAAAAAUAGCUUUGAAUACCUAAAAGAAAAAAACUUAAAAAAAUGUUGUAAACCUGUGAUACAGUGUUGUAAUACAGUGACAGAUUUCCCACUGCAGUCCAAAUCUCCUUUUGUGAGAUCAUCAGGUUCUAUGGUCUGUGACUAAAUAUGAAUGCAUUGCUGACAUUCAAUGCAUGCGUAGCAUUCACUAAGAGUGACUUUUUACAUUAAAUAUGGAAUACAUUGUAGUAAUAUAUUUUAAAAGGUCAUUGCUUUCUAUAAAAAAAAAUAUACAUUUGUGACCUGCUGCUUUUCCAGCUAUCUUAAUAUAUAUAUUACUGUGUGUGUGUGUGUGUGUGUGUAUGUGUGUAUAUAAACUCUAGCUAUUUUCUCUAUAUAGCUACACCCUGCUGAUGACAAAUUGGCUGAGCAAGUGGCAUGAAACCAUGAUGAUCACUGGUGGUCCAGUGGGUUGAGCCUGUGGAGUCUCUCACCCAGUACUAGGUUCUCAGUGAGUCAGAACAUUGCCAUGGUUACCUGUGUAUCACUCUAAAUCACUUAAAAGCACUGGAUCCCAAUGAAGAGGUCUUGUCAGUCUUGUGAUUUUAAGGCCAUGAAUGGCACUUGUGUCAAAGUUUGCUGACUCUGUACUUGACCUUUCUUGGAAACCUUUGUUACAUAUUCUCUUCUGUGAAACAUAUAGGCAAUUCUUUUCAUUAUGUCAGCGACAUAACAGGAGCUCCUGUCAGAAAGUUAGUCUUAUGCAUGCAAGCUCUCACAUACUCACAGAGAAACAAACAUUGCCAUACACGCAUAAAUAAUGCACAUUCAUAGGAACAAACAGAAAUAGAUAUGAAUCCCAGAGACACACACAUGCAUUGCCAUACUUACAUAGAUACAGAGCCGGAUUAAGAUCCCAUUGGGCCUGGUGCUGACAAUUAUGGCCUAAUUACAGAAUUACAGAAUCUUAUGGACAGAAAAUAGUAAAACAGUUAUACCUCCCAAGCGUCAUGUAUCUAGUGGAGGUGGUGCUGGAGGGAAACUCACAGCUUUCAGAAAACACAAACCCUAUGGUAAUCUCUCGCUUUCAUCUUUCAAGUAAAUCCAUAGCCCCUAACAGCAGUGGGUGAUGCAGGAUUCGGUGGGUGGAGUAAAAGAGUGAGCAACUGAUGUGAAUCACUUAACCAGAACCGCCCAAAGGGACAUGCCCUAAAUUGCAUGAAGAAUUAGAUAGUCAGCCUGGUCUGAAUGCACGUCAGAUUGCCUGCCAAUCAUGCAAGAUGACCAACCAAGGGCAUACUGUGCAGACAGCACCCUGCGCUUGGCAUAAUUGUGUCUACACUUUCUAAGGACUGUCCCCUAGCAUUCACUGGUCCACUCCUUUCCUAACGUUCUUACUAGCAGGCAAAAGCCCCUGUAUAAAGUCUAGGACAGAAAAAAAGGGUAUGUAGUGAGUGUAGAAGCAAGGGAACAUGUUAGAAAGACUGAAACAGCAAGAACAUUUCCAUAGUGUGCAGUCAGUUUUACCUUAACUAAUUUCAUUGUCAGCCAGUCCACACCAGUUUUGUUCCCCUACAUCCUACAUAAGUUUCCAUACUUAAGCAAGAGCAUGUGAAGAGUAGUAACAACAUCUUUAUUAUUAUUUUUUUCUUUAACCCCUUAAGGACCAAACUUCUGGAAUAAAAGGGAAUCAUGACAUGUCACACAUGGCAUGUGUCCUUAAGGGGUAAAUCAAUGGACCUAUUCCAUAGGCAUGAGCCUGGAUCUGCAGCUCCAUCAGCCCCUUUGUUAAUCUAUCCCUGCAUAUAUACACACUGACCUAUCCACAAAUAUGCACAGAUACGCCCUGCAUGCAUACACACACUGCCAGACACACAGAUACACUCUGCAUUCAUACACAGAUUGCCAGACACAGAUACACCCUGCAUUCAUACAUACAUUGCUAGAUGCACAGAUACACCCUGCAUUCAUACAUACAUUGCUAGAUGCACAGAUACACCCUGCAUUAAUACACACAUUACCAGACACACAAAUACACUCACUCCAGGUACCCACACUUGCUGCCAGAUGUACACACUCAUUUUUAGAUACACUGUCACUCACAGAUACAUACCCAUUUUUAGAGACAUUCACACAUUCCCAAACACAUACACACUGCAAGACUCAUGCACACACAAUAUUAAUUCAGCACCCGACAGCUUGUGUAGAUUGCCAGCUCCUCUUGCUGCCCUCUACAAUUUCCUGUAGACUUAUGUUGCAUCCUCCCAGCCCUGCUGCAGAGUAAAACAAGCCCCUUACCAGAAUAAUGCCUCUACCCUCCUGAUGGCAGCCCUGAUGACAACAGGUAUAAACAAUUAAUCUAAUUGCUCUGUGCUCUCCAUGGACAAUUAUUGACAAUAGAGUGAUUUGUACUACAGGCCUCACUUUAUACAACAUCAUAGCAUGCCACCUUCCCUACGUGUACCACUCACCACCAAAUAUAUACCUCAUUAGUACUAUUGAAAAAGGAAUAUUACCUUUUAACAUGUCAGCAGCAGUUUUCUUGAAUAUUCAAAUUCUGAAUAAACGCUUACACUUAAAGUGUGUUGUUUGUUUAGACAGAAGUUGUUUUAAUAUGUCUUACUUGCAAACAGUACAUCACUCAGAGCUGCAAAUGUGUAUUUUAUCUUUGUUAUUGUUAAAAGUCGUGGGUAAAUCUCUGCUGGUCUCAUUUAUCAUAAUGUUUGGUCUUAUGCUAAAGCAAAGUUAUAAAAUGUUUAUUUAGAGACAAAAACAACUAUUUAAGUAAACUUUUCAUGAUGGUUUUGUGAAAAAGCAUAGCUUUCUGAAUAUACAUGUGCACACACAAAUAAAUAAUUUAGUGCUGCUGUAAUUAUUUAUGAUCAUUUGUAUAACUGGCAUGCAGCAAUUGGGGACACAGAUUGGUGCCAAAUUUUUUUUAACCAGUUUUAAAAUAUUUGCUAUAAAUGUAUCUAACACAUUCUAGAUCUAUGCUGCUCUGCAUGCAUCCUGAUUACGAUGUAAUUUGGUGCAUCUUUAAAAUAAAUUUUAAAUAAAACAGAGUAAAAAUUAAAGGAACACUAUAGCGUUUGGAAUACAAAUGAGUAUAUCUAACGCUAUAGUGCCCAGUUAAAUGCUAAGAUCCCCAGACCAUCUUAUAAGAAUUUAAAAUGAAGUUAGCUUACCUUUUCUCCUAUGCGUCACUUUGUGGCAUGCCCCACCUCCUUGGCUCAGAUCAAUAAGAUUGAGGAUCUUAGCCAAUCUAAUUCUUUACCGUUGGAAAGCAUUGGUAGACUAGUGUGCAUACAGUGCAAACUUAAGUUCUACACCAAUCUGAUGGUCUCUAUGUAAUCAUCUGAUUGAAAUAUCAGAGUUUUACUCAGCUAUUGCAUCGUAAGUGCCUCUUGUGGCUGUCUGAGUGACAGCCACUACAGAUAUUUAAGCAGAACGUCAAUGGCACACAGAUCACUUUAUUGACCACUUCAUUAAAGGGACACUCCAGUGCCAGGAAAACAAUCCGUUUUCCUGGCACUGCAGGUCCCCUCUCCCUCCCACCCCCCAUCCCAGGUUGCUGAAGGGGUUAAAACCCCUUCAGUGACUUACCUGUAUCCAGCGCCAAUGUCCCUCGGCGCUGGUUCAGGGUCUGCCGACACUCCUCCCCCGCCAAAGUCAUCCGGCGGGGGAGACCUUUUGCGCAUGCGCAGCCGGCGGCGGGGGAGACCUAAUGCGCAUGCACGACAAUGCCGCACACGCGCAUUAGACCUCCCCAUAGGAAAGUAUUAAGUAUUUCAAUGCUUUCUUAUGGGGAUUUCAGCGAUGAGGACGUCCAGCGACGCUAUAGCACAGAAAAUCUGUGCUAUAAACCAGGAAGUGCCCUCUAGUGGCUGUCUAGUAGACAGCCACUAGAGGAGGAGUUAACCCUGCAAUGUAAAUAUUGCAGUUUAUGAAAAUUGCAAUAUUUACAGUUGCAGGGUUAAGGGUAGUGGGAGUUGGCACCCAGACCACUCCAAUGGGCAGAAGUGUUCUGGGUGCCUGGAGUGUCCCUUUACGAUGAAGUGGUCUAGGUGCCUAUUGUGUCCCUUUAACACAAGGCAAAGGGGAUUUUCUGUUUUAUUUAAUGGUUUCAAUUCCAGAGAAGUUAUAGUUUUCCCUUUAAAGAAGGAAAUUAUGGCAAUAGCAAAAACACUCAAUUCAUUUUCUUAUCACAAAUGGUUUUGAAAUGUUUCACAUGACUUUCUUGUACUGGUCUUUGUCUGGAGGCAAAACAAACUUCUGGAACUUUGGUUAAUCCCUCUACUUAGCACGGGAUGGCUGUAAAUAAUGUUGUUCCUUCCCACACUCUGUACAAAACUUGUAUGGCCAAGAUAGUACAGGACUGCAUGAUGAUAGCCUGGGAGUGAGGAGCAAGCUGGGAAUGCUUGGGGCACAUAUUGCUGUUAUGUCUGAAAUUCUAUAUCUAAUGCAGAUGCAUAGUUUUACCAUGAGCAUGUACUCUGAAAAUGUGUCAGUUAUACUGAUGUUUUCACUAUACAGUGUAUUUUAUGUACAUUUUGUGUUUUGAUUUACUGUAUAUUUUAAAAUCUAUAUUUGCUUUUUCACUAAUUAUCUAGCUCUUAUGGAAGAAUUGCAAGACAAGAGACACCAUAUGGUUUCUAAUAUUAUAUACUGUCAACCUAUAUGUGCUCAAAGGAAGAAUAAAUACAUGUAAAUACUUUGUAAACCUACAUUUGUUGUUGUCUCAUAUUCUUUCAAAGUUACUUUUUUUGUAUUAAUAAUGUGUGUAAGCUAUGCAUCCUAUUUUUUAAAUAACACCCUGAAAGAGAACAAUGUAACAAAGGAUUUUAAUAUCCAGGUAACCGGAUAUCCCAAUAAUGUAUCAAAAAUAAAGCUACAACAUAAAAGCUCAUUAAAUCCCAAUAUUUUGACUUGUCAAUUGUUAUCGUUUAAAUUUUUUAUACCUAAGAAUGUAAUCCAGCUUUUCUAUCAGUUAGAAAACAAUGGAUGAAUAUUUUUGAACCUUUGUAGUUGCUCUGCAAUACUUCUUUUUAACAUGGCCACUCCUAUUAGCUCAGUUCAUCUAAAUAGUUGUAUUCCCUUGGGUUUCUUAAGAGUAUUGUUGUAUAUAUUGUUAUUUAUAGUAUGCAUUUUCCUAGUGACAUUUUCACAUUUAUGGUUAGUGUACUUUUUCAAAUAUGUUAAUUGCGUGUGUACUGGUAUUUAUUUCAAGAUCUCUGUUUUUAUAACUUGAUCGAGAGAUGCCUAUAACAAGCUAAUAUAGAUCAUGUAUUUAAUUUUACCCUCAUUUUUUUUUUUAUUAAUCUUGGCAGAAUUACGGUGUGGAAACUGACAACAUGAAGAAUCUGGUGCUAAAACUUCGAUCUGCAUCAAACAAUCUUCAGAACUACAUUAGCAAUAGAAGAAAAAGUGCAUCAUAUGACGGAAAUACUGCUCGCAAACCUCCCAAUGAAUUUUUGACUUCUGUGGUUGAACUUAUAGGUUCUGCUAAAGCACUAUUAGCAUGGCUGGACAGGUAAGAGAAAUGGAUGCAUUUUUGCAAGCAUAUCAGAUUAACUAGCCAAAAUAUAGAAACAUACCCAGAGACUGAUGGAUUUCCUAUCUUGUGGGGUAGAUGAGGGUCUCAUAAAAUUUGCUAUAACCAUAAGCACCCCUCUCAGAUUUCUCCUUUUUUAAUUUGAUGAGUUUUUACACCAAAUGCAAGGUUAUCAAGUUCUAUGCUGGAAUGUAGUGUCAGUGUAUAUGCAGGACGUUAUGAGAGAAUGUCAGUGCUGGUACCCAGAAUUAUUGGUGAGGUAGCUGACUACAAAGCCUGUUCAAAAGUGCAAGGUCACAGGUUCAAAACCCAACAGGGUCAAUAAAAUGAGUACCAUCAAUUGGGUAAUAAUAACAUCUAUUACUAUUCAGCUGCCGAUUUGGUUAAUUCUGAGAGUGUGCGCUGAAAAGCACUUUGAGUCCCACUGGGAGAAAGGUGCUAUAUAAAUACUAAUUGUUAUUAUGCAAACAAUGGUGAAAUAUUCAGUAGUUUCCAUAAAUUAGCAAACUGUUGUUAAUUUGCUUUCCAAGCUUUUUAGUUAUAGAACAGCACUGUGGAAUUUGUUGGUGCUCUAUAAAUAAUAAUAAGAGUAAAAUAUUUAAAAUGCAGCUUGGAUGAAGCUGUACUCAGAAAAAACUAAAUGGUAGAUGCCAAGAUCUUGAAUGUAUCCUGAGAAACGGCCCAGGUCAACCAUUUUAAUUGUUUUCUGCGCUCAAAUUGAACUGGUCGUUGAGAGUGUGACAUGUACUUGACUUUGUAUAUAAACAGCUACAUUUUUUUUUCUUUCUUUGCUGUAAUAACAAAUGAAAAGACAUUAGGAGAAAACCCUGGCAUGUCAUCGAACAGAAACAAUUUUAUACAGUCUGUGACAUCUUGAUAAAAGACAGACUGUUAUUAUGUUAAGGAAUUUUCACUUGGUGUUCUAAAUAUAUAUAUUUAUUUCUUCAGCUCAUAUUUAGCUCCCGAUACUGUGUAAGAGAGAGGAAGCUGUUUUAUAACUAGCAAAGAUGUUCUUUGGCCUUGUGACCUACGACCAAAAUAUAUGUAGUUUGCUUGCCAGCAUGCUCUGUUCAAAGAGCUGGAAGUUGUCUUUGUUCAAUCUGAGUUUUGUUUGGUUUCAGGACACCAUUUGCAGGGAUCACUGACUUCUCUUCAACAAAGAACAAAAUCAUUCAACUAUGCUUGGAUCUCACGACCACAGUUCAACAGGUCAGUGGAUCUUCUUGUGGUUUAAAUGGAGUUUCUCAUACUCAUGCAUAAAAUAAACAAAAUAUGGAAAAGAUAAACAGAAACAAAAAAUAAUAGGAAUGAUGUUGUCCUUGUAUCAUUGUUUAUUUUUUUUUUGCUCUUAACCUUUUUUCCUUCACUAAUCCCACCCAAGUCAUGGCUAACCAUUAAGCUGCCAAUGCUUGUGAAUUACAUUCCAUGUGAUUAACCAGCCUAAAGGGUAAUACUGACUAAAACUUUUUUAGAUUCUUGGAAACACUUCCUUUAAAAUGCAUCUUUACACAACUUCAUGGGCAGAUGUUUAUCCUACAUUAAUUAUUAUUAAAAACUUAUAGAUAUAGAAAAAAGUCACAUGUAGUGGAGCGCUGAUUAAAAUAAAACAAGAGAUAGGGAAAAAUAGGAGACCUAACGACCUAUACGAUAUAAAAUAUAUGAAUACGAAAAAGACCCCUUCUCUUCUAAUAAAUAUUUACCAGCAGGUAUAUAGCCUUAUUAAUGCACUACAAUAGCUUAAAAUUUAAUUCCAUUUAUUAAUAGUCUACCGUCACACAACUAUGUGAAGUAGACUUCCUCAGUUACAAAAGAAAAAAGGGAAACAUUUUAAAAUAAUUAAAAACAAAAGAAGAAAGUCCAGACCUUAUUAAAAACUCGGCGUCCCGAGUCAGCAAGUUGCAAAAAUGCUGUAAAAAUAAAGGAUGUGGGUCCUCUUUGUAGUAAAAAUUAUGACUAGUGUUGAUAGGAGUCAGACCGUUUCUCCGCUUCGCGGCUUUUUCAAUGGAUGCGGUCUGACCGUUAAUGAUCGUUUUUAUAGUGUCCUCCGUUUACUUUGCAAUUGUAGCAAAUCAUUAUUUUGUAACCCCUUCAUAUACAUUUAUAUGGAUAAUUCCAUAUUGAAGUUACUUCCAGCUGCUGAACUCUCUCUGCUGUAAUUUUAUUAAGUGAUACCGAGAUUGCGUAAUUUGUUUUUGUUCAGACAGAAGUGUGAGUACCAUACAGGACUAUACAAAGGACACAAGGUCACAAGGUGUUUAGACUGGAAGAAAUGAGAUUUAGUCUAAGGCAAAGGAAAGAUUUUUUUUUACAGUAAGAACAAUAAGGAUGUGGAAUUAUCUGCCUGAAGAGGUGGUUUUAUCAGAUUCUGUACAGAUGUUUAAACAGGAAUUGGAUGCAUACUUACAAAAACAUAAUAUUUAGAGAUCUUAUUUUUAAAUUGUGGGAUAAUAGUUUCUUGAUCCAAGGAUAAUUCUUAUGCCAUGCUGGGGUCGAGAAGGAUUUUUUUCCCUAGUUUGUUGCAAAAUUGGAAGUGCUUCCAACUUUUCUUUUCCUUCUUUUGGGUCAGCAGCAAAAACAGAUGUGAGAGGCUCAACAAGAUGGACACAUGUCUCUUUUCAGCCUAUGUAACUAUGUAAAAUAUUAGAAUGAGGCUGUGCAAAUAAAAAAAAAAAAAAAAGAACAGAAAGGGAAAAAAAAUAAAUAAAUUUUUUAAAUAAAUGAAUAAAAAAAAGAAAUAAAUACAAUUUCAGUAAAUAAAUAAUAAAAAUAAAAAAUAAAAAUAAGUGGAUAGAUCUACCUUCACUAGAUAUAUGAAGUAUUUUCUUAGGUACAUGAUUAAUAAAAGAGUAAUUUAAAAUGAAUUAUUAAAAAGAUAUAUACUAUUUAUUCAUUGACAUAAUGAUUAAUAAAAGAGUAAUUUAAAAGAUUAUUAAAAAUAUAUAUAUACUAUGUAUUCAUUGACAGAAAAUCUAUAAAACACACAUGUAAUGUAUCAUACUGAGCAAAAUAGUAACUCUGAGGUAGCAGAAAUAACAGCAGCAAAUAAAGCAACAACAAGCAUGGAACAAGAAGGAUUUGCUACCUCAGAGUUACUAUUUUGCUCAGUAUGAUACAUGUUACAUGUGUGUUUUAUAGAUUGUAUGUCAAUGAAUACAUAGUAUAUAUAUCUUUUAAUAAUCUUUUAAAUUAUUAUUUUAUUAAUCAUACUCAUAUCUAGUGAAAGUAGGCGAAUCCAUUCACUUAUUUAGAAUUUUUAUUUAUUUAAUUAUUUUUAUUAAUUUCAUUUUUUGUUCCCCUUUCCCUUCUUUUUUCUCAUUUCUCUUUGCUUAUCCUCAUUCUAAUAUUUUGGAUUUUUUAUAUAUUUUUUUAUAUUUAGUAGGUUUUAGGUUUUCCUACCAAGGCUUUGCUGCCAUCAGUUAAUACCCCCCCCCCCCCUUUUGUUUUCCACUUACACCUUACUCCUGCAUUCCUAUGUAACUAUAUCUUGGCCUUAAAGUAGAUACCAGCAGCAUUACAUGUGCUAGCAGUCAGUAUAUAAAGCUACUUGUGAGCUGAUAAUAAUACCUUCUAAAGAAGAACCCUGUGAAGUACCAUCAUGCAUUGUUUUUCUCCCUGAAGCAUCUUGAAAAAAACCCUACUGAGCAAAAAGUAGGCAGUGGCUACAUCCAAGAAGGCUACUUAAUUCAUAGUCUAGCCGUGAAGGGAAGUGUAUUAUUAAGGAGGUAGUUGAGCUGGUCCUGCAUCAGUGCUCAUAGAUGCUUUCAGUCACAUCAUCUCACAUUCCUUCCUUGUUUCCCAGGCUUCAUAAAACUAUUGUCAUGGUGUUACUUCAAAUCCUCAGUAUAUAUAAUAAAAUAUUUAUAUUUUUUUUCUUUUCUUUCCGUUUUUUUUUUUCAUAUAAACUUGAUACAUUAUGACAGACACAGACAUAGCAAAAAAUUCCUUUAAAUGGUUCAAUGGUACACUUGUAGCAAAAAGAUGACAUUUUUUUGAAAAGUGCUGUUGUCUACUGACUGUAAUUCGUGUCAAAAGCUUGAAAUCUUAUUUGGAAUCAUGUAGCAAUUUAGAGAACAGACAGAACACUUUAACUAAUUAUACUUUACCAGACAUCUUGUAAAAAUAUUUUUCUUGCUAGGAAUUUUUGUUCCCCAUGAGUGAGGUUUCGAAUAUGCAUUUUUAUUUAUCCUCUUGAAGAUAGGUGUCGUGUUGUGAUUGUCACAAAAAAACUUCUCUCAAGUAUGAGUGACAGUCCAGUGAUGCCCUGAAUAAAAAGCCAGUACUGAAAUAUUUAGCAGCAGUCCUUAGCAUUUUUUGUAUGUUUUCAUAGGGAAACACGCGAAACACAGAAGACAGCAACAGUAAUGCUGUGAGUGGGCUUGUAAAUUUCAUGAGAUUGAGUAUUGCAGUGAUAAGAGAGACCUUUACUCUCAAUUUCCAAGAACAGCUUUCCCAUGAAACCUGACUUAUAAUGUGAACAGGGCCGGUGUGUCCUAUAGACAACUUAGGCAGUUGCCUAGGGCGCACUGGCUUGGUGGGCGCCAGAUUUGGGUGACCCAGCAGGAGGGAAGCGCACAGAGCUUCCUCCUGCCAGUCACUCAAUGUAGCAUGGCCGGACAGCACGGAGCGCGGUACAGGAGCUUCUGUUUUCUGUACCCGGCCGCCCACCGCACUGACAGGAAGUGCUCACUCAGUGAACACUUCCUGUCAGUCUGGCCGGUUACAGGAAACAGAAGCUCGUGUACCAUGGGCCGCGCCGCCCGGCCAUGCUACAAAGCUAGGUAGGAGGUGCAACAGGGAGGGGAACACUAAGAGAGGAGAGCAGUGGGUAGAGGGAGGGCCACUAAAGGGGGGGAGGAGGAGAGGGAGGACCACUUAGAGGGGGAGAGGAGAAGACAGAGGAUCACUAAGAGGUGGGGAGAGGACCACUAAGAGGGAGGGAGGACCACUAGGGGGUUGGGGAAGAUGGAGGACCACUAAGGGGUUAUGGGAGAUGGAGGACCACUAAGGGGGGUGGGGGAGAGGGGACCACUAAGAGGGGAGAGGAGGAGUGAAGAGGACCACUAAGAGGUGUGGAGACCACUAAGGGAGGGGAGUGAAACACUGAGAAACAGGGAAGAGAGGGGGAGAAACCACUAAGGGACAGGGGGCAGGGGAGAGCUCUAAGGAUGGAGGGGACAUCUCUAAGGGAGGGGAGGGGAGGGGAGGAGAGAGCAAAACAACUUCUCUUGGGUAUGAGUGACAGUCCAGUGAUGCCCUGAAUAAAAAGCCAGUACUGAAAUAGUUAUCAUUUUUUGUAUAUUUUCAUAGGGGAACACUCAAAGACAGAGGGUUAAGGGAGAUCAUUAAGGAACAGUGGAGAUCACUUAGGGACAGGAGGGAUGGUGAGAGCACUAAGGGACAGGAGGGGGGAGCUCUGAGACACUGGUGGGGAGAUCACUAAGGAAGUGAAGGGGAUUUUACUGAGGGACAGGGGGCAAGGGAGAGCACUAAGGGACAGGAGGGGAGAGCACUAAGGGUCAGAAGGGGAGGGGAGAGCACUGAGGGACAGGAGGGGAGAUCACUAAUUGACAGGAGGGGAGAGCACUAAAAAAAUAAAAAUAAAGAGCUGCUCCCCUCUCAUUCCCUAUCCUACACCACAAAUCCUCUCUUUCACACUACACACAUACACAAUGCAUCCUUACACAUACACAAAGAAACAUACAAUGCAUCCUUACUCACACACAGAUACACCAAAACACAUAAUGCAUCCCUUACGCACACACACACACUGCCUCUCUUAGACACACACAGAAACAAAAUACAUCUCUUACACAUACUCAAACACUGCAUUACAUUACAAACACAGAUUCACACAAUGCAUCCCUUACACACAAAAACACACACUGCAUGUGCUACAUUCCUUACACAAAUUGGUCUCCCUAUACACUACAUUCUAAAUGAACACACACACACAUAACAUCCUCUACAAUAGCACAUCCCUUACACACAUACACUCCACUCCCUAUGGGCAAACUCAUGGGUGGGCCAUGUAGGUGGACUUAUGGGCAGGCCUUGUAGGCAUACUCAUGGUCAGUCCCUGGGGGCCCAGACCUUGAGCUGUGUAAGGGGCCCCAAAAAAUGGAGCUGCUUCCUGUUCGUUGAUUUUUGAGAGCACUGUUACAAACAGUCUCCAAGAGGCUGUUCUACACCAGAUCAGUGGAGCCAGACUGCAGCCUGAGUCCAUCAUCAUCAUCUUGUCCUCAUCUGAUGGUAAGUAGGCAAUCCAGUAUAUUAUUAGUGGAACUAAACUCUUAAUUUACCUCAUAUUAAAGAGCCACUAUAGUCACCAGAACCACUACAGAUAAAAGCCACUCUGUGCAGAACUGUAGUUGGCCCAUUUGGCAGAUCAUAUGGGUGGGGCAUUGUGAUUUUACAUGGUGGGCAGAACAUAUGGGGAGGGCAGCAAAUUUUUGUUUGCCUAGGGUGGCAAAAAUCCUUGCAAUGGCCCUGAAUGUGAACAUGCUGGCCACCAAAGAAAGAGCUUCAGGCAUAAGUUGAAUUUUAUGAAUCGGUCAGUUUGAGCCUUUAAUUGCAAUAAGAUUUACUCAAGUAUUUGUUUCUGUCCUGAGACCCAUUUGUGCAUUUUGCUAAUGUUUUGUCUGCCAGUUUCAUUCCAGACCCAUCAUUUUUUUGGCAAUUGUUUGCAUGUUUUUUUUCAUUAUCUCAAUUAGUUCUCCACCAAAUCUAUCCCUCCAUUUCAAAGGCUGUAUUGUAACAACCCUGAUGGAAUCAUAGUUAUUUAAGAAUCAAUGUAAUAUUUAGUUUGAAGAAUGGAGUAGCUUCUUGCAAACUGCAAGCAAACCAAACUUUUUUUUUUAACCAAGUUAAGGUUGUGUCAACAGAAACUGAAUGACACAAAGUUUAUAGUUAUAUUCCUUUAAGAUAACUUGUAUCAUCAAGCUUUAAAUAGCUAAGCAAUGUCACCUUGUUCCACUGGAGUAGAACCACAUUCCACCUUCUCUUGAAGCAUGAUCAUUGCUAUGAUACUGAACUAACAAUAGGAUUUGUUAGCUCUAAAUAAUUUAAAGGGAAAGUAUUAAUUAGAAAGAAAUGUUAGAAUUGUGGGGUGAAAUAGUUUUUCUGAUUUUUCUCCGAAUAUAUCUUCAUUUUUAUUCUGAUCCAAUGUUGCUCACUCUGUGUUGGGUUCUUAACAUUGAUCUCUUAGAAAUUAUAUAGCACGUGUCCAUACAAGUGUGCUUGGGAACUUUUAUCAUAAAUGGGAGGAUUUCUUACGUAAUAAAAUCUGGAUAUUUUUUGUUCUCUAGUUGUUACAACCAUUUGUUUACCACAGUUGGACAAAAAGAAACAUACAUAUUUAUAUCAAGGUAAUAAAAGAUUGAUAUACUACUUGGGUCUACACCAUCCAACCCACAUACUGGAAUAGUGAGUGAUAAGAGACUUCCUAUUCUUAAGAAUGCAGCAAGAAUUAAGGAAAGCGAAAGGUCCCAACAAUGGGUGGUAUUUAUCCGAUUUCUGCGGAAGCUGGAAGUCAAUCCUGCUGGCCAUUCAUUGGCUGAGAGACUCUGCAUGUACAAAAUUCAGGCACUAAGACAACUUCAAAACACUGAAGUGGUUAUGGUGCAUGGAGAAACCGUGUAAGUAUGUCCUCAGGCAUGUGUUUAACAGGCUAUCAUUUCUAACCGAACCAUUUUUAUAAAUAUCAGCUAAAACAAUAUUUAUUUAAAACAUCUUAUAUUUAUAUAUUAUAAUUUUCUCAUGUUCUUUUGCAAGUAAUACUUCCCCUUUGUGUGUGGGGAAAUACCAUUAUAGAUUGUCAUAUUUCUGCAAAAUGGAUACAGUUCCAAAAUAAACUUCUAUAUUCAAAUAUUCCCACAAUAAAAAAUAAAAAAAUUUAAGCAUUUAAAAUGUUUAAGGAAGAUUACUCCCUUUCAACUAAUGCUUAAAGGGACACUAAAUGCACCCAGACCACUUCAUCUCAAUGAAUUGGUCUAGGUGCAGAGUUCCUGCUAUUUUAAAUCUGCAAUGUUUUUUUAUGGUAAUGCUUUCAUUGCUGGUUAAACACACCUCUACUAGCUAUCUUCUUGACAGCUACUAGAGGGGCUUUUCGGGUUCUCAAUCAAAUGCUGCUCAUAAGAGCAUUUAAAUGGUGCAGCACAGCGAUUUGACAAGCAUGUACACUAGCCUCCCAAUGAUUCCCCAAGGGAAUCUUGAUGACCUCAGCCAGAAGAGUGGUGAGGGCAGAAAGGUGAGUAAAAAUAUAUAUAUAUUUUUUAUCUUAAAUGGGUAGGGGGGUCACCAAAACAGUUCAUAUGACACUAUAAUGUUCCUUUAAUAAACUGUGUAUUUUGUGUUUAAUUUGCCUCUGAUGUUUUCUAGUCUGUUACUGCAGGCAUUAUAGUUUUAUUUUUUUUUGCUCAAGUAUUUAAAUACCAGCUGGAUUGCAAAUAAUUAAUCUGGACUUGUUCUGUUGUACAGUUCCUUUUCAAGUGUACACAGACAUUCCUUUGGUUGCCUUUACUUUGGCUGCUACAAGAGCAACAAUGAGUUACUUUAAUCCCGUUAAGUAGGCCAGUUUCAGUGUUUGAGGGCUUUUAUACACGUGUACAUAAUUCUUGCAUACCAUUCACUUCUUGUAUUUAAUUUAAAGGGGCAAUUUAAGCGCCACAGUGGCUGCCUCUCAUUGUAAUGAUUAUGACAUUGUAAAUUUAUGAGUGCUAUCCAAAAUCAUUUUGAAGCAAGUUAACAAAAAUGCAAGCUCUUCUUGGCACCUAUAGUCUAUAGAUAGAUAGAUAGAUAGAUAGAUUAAUAAGUUUCAACUGAUUUAAUAGCAAUUGUCAUGUAUUAGUUAUUGACUGUAAUUUGUCCAAACUUGUUGCAUUAAAUACUAAAGCUCCAUAAAACAUUGUUUCUCAAUAUGGCUCAGUGUGUACCUAGAUAUACAGCAAUUAAUUCAAAUGUAUUAAGUCAGCAGGCUAAAACUGUAAAGCAAAAAUGGUUUGUAGUGAUGUUGAUGUUUAGCUUUGCUCUUUUCUGUCUUACAGGAAUCUUCUGUCACAGAAAUGGAAGAUACAGUGAUUAAUGUUGUAAGUAUCUUUAGUUCGAACAAGAUUUGCAAAAACCCUAUUUGAAAUGUAAUUUAUUAAGAGAACACUAAGGUUAAAAAUCAAUAUAUUUCUUUUUAAAGCAAUAGAAUAGGCAUCAAAACAACUUUAACAGUGUGGGUGUAUAAAUCAUGCCUAUAUAAUCUCACCACUCAAUUCUCUAUCAUUCAGGAGUUAAAUCCCCUUUGUUUCUGCCCAUGCAGCCAUUGCCACACCUCCCCUGGUUGUGACUGACACAGCCUGCAUAAAGAAAGUUUCAUUUUUCUGUCAGAUGUUAACUUGUUUUAUAAGUUUUUAUCUUCUGGUCUGUAAAUUAAACUUUGAAAACACAUUAGUAUGCUCCUGCUGGGUCUAGAAGGCUAUUGACAGAGCAGGAGAUAAGUACAUUUAAAUGAUGCAUUAUGCUGAUAAAGGAAGUGUGAACAUUAGAUCCCUCUUUAUACUGUUUAGGAAGGUUUUGCAAGUCACAUGCAGGGAGGUGUGCCUAGGGCUGCAUAAAAUAAGUUAUUUGACUCAUAAAUAGCAGAGAAUUGAGCAGUGAGACUACAGGGGCAUGAUUUAUACUUCAAAACUGCUUCAUUAAAGGGACACCAUAGUCACCUGAACAACUUUAGCUUAAUGAAGCAGUUUUGGUGUAUAGAACAUGCCCCUACAGCCUCACUGCUCAAUCCUCUGCCAUUUAGGAGUUAAAUUCCUUUGUUUAUGAACCCUAGUCACACCUCCCUGCAUGUGACUUGCACAGCCUUCCAUAAACACUUCCUGUAAAGAGAGACAUAUUUAGGCUUUCUUUAUUGCAAGUUCUGUUUAAUUAAGAUUUUCUUAUCCCCUGCUGUUAAUAGCUUGCUAGACCCCGCAGGAGCCUCCUGUAUGUGAUUAAAGUUCAAUUUAGAGAUUGAGAUACAAUUAUUUAAGGUAAAUUACAUCUGUUUGAAAGUGAAACCAGUUUUUUUUUUCAUGCAGGCUCUGUCAAUCAUAGCCAGGGGAGGCGUGGCUAGGGCUGCAUAAACAGAAACAAAGUGAUUUAACUCCUAACUGACAGUGAAUUGAGCAGUGAAAUUGCAGGGGAAUGAUCUAUACACUAAAACUGCUUUAUAUAGCUAAAGUAAUUUAGGUGACUAUAGUGUUCCUUUAAGCUAAAGGUUUAUUGGUGCCUAUAGUAUCCCUUUAAUGUUAGUGUCUUAGUGUGUUCCUUGCUCUCUUCAGAUACAGGUACAUUUUUUGUUUGUUUGAUAACUUAAUUAAAAACUUAAACUAGCCAUAACGUUUAUCUGUAGUCCACCCCUUGCAGCAGCCUCUCUGCCUUCUCUGAAAUAAUCAGGAAUAAAUAUCUGUGAGAAGUAUUAGUGGUUUUCAUGUUCAAUAAUGUCAUGUUAUGUGUGAUGACAUUUGAUGUGAGAAUCUUAAAAAAAGAAAAGGUUUUAAAGGGACACUCCACUGGCUAAAUAUAUAUAUAUAUAAAAAAAAAAAAAACUAAAAUCACUGUUUAGUAGAUAUAUUCCAAACGAAAACAUGCACGCAUUUAUUUUAUUAUUUUUUUUUUCAUUCAGGUUAUAUUUAAAACUGCUUGCAAAUGCAGCAGAUCUCUUGUCUAAAGCCUUUGCAAACUCUCCCCUACUAACUCAGUCCAGAUGUUCUGUGUCUGUCCAAUCACAGACUUUCUAAUGCAGCUGAAUGAGAAGUAUUUUCAAGGCAGGUGCUCUGGGCAAUUGGCUUCCUCUUGAGUUUAGCUCCACUGAGCUAACCAAACCAGGAAGUAACAGGACCAUGUGUCUAAUUGACAGCCAAGGGGUGUAACAAGUUUACUUUAUAAAAGUGCCAAUUUCCAUCAAAAUCUGCACUUUUUGUAAAGUGGAAAAAACAGGACACACUCUUCACAUAUAAAACUUUUCAACAGCUAACGUUAUUUAGGUGUCAGGAGAGUCCCUUUAAGGAAGAAGUGCCUUUAGUGGCUGUGUACCUGCCAGUAAUAAGUACUGUGUUAUGUCCACUGCUAACACAAACCAUAAUGGAGUCUGAGAAACAAUAUUUUAAGAAUACACUUACAAAAACUUUGUAUUGAAAGAAAUGCUGUUCUUUUUAACAACUGUCCAUUGCCAAACCAAAGUUGUGGUUUGUGACUCUUAAAUGCACUUUAUGCAAGGUAAUAUGUUAUUCAAAAGAUAAUAGAGUCAAAUAUUUUCUUGUUAGAUAAAUCCUAUUCAGUAUCACUCAAAGUUGUUUUGGAAAUAUAGCAUAGUUUGGCAUAUAGUGCAAAAUAAAAAAAAUGCAUUUGGUUCCUAUUUGACAGCCUGUCUGUGAAGUUAACUGCUGUUUACAUAAUUCAUUCCUAAACAUUCUGAGAUCCGAUCUGCCCCAUUGAGCACUGACAUAGAAUUGGAUAUAUUUGUCCAGCCUGCUAAAAUUUCAUCGUAAAAGUGUUAAGGUAAUUCCUAUGUGGUAACUCUUUUCCUCUAUUUAUAGUCUGCCAUUUUCAAGUGCAGCUUUAUUCCACUUUUGACUGUUGAAACAUGACAAGGUGAUCUUCAUAUCUUUUGUCAGCACUUAAUCAUGGCUUCCUGCUUUUCACUUCAGUGAAGUUGGAUUCAGUAAUAGCCUUCCUUUUGAUGGACAUGGAAUUUAGCACAAUAGUUCAAUUAAUUAAUUAUUUCUUGGCUGAAAAAUGCAAUAGUUUUGCCAAGUAGAAAGGAUUUCCCUUUGAAUUUUUCCUCUAAUGUUUUAUAAGGGAUACAUCAUCUAUGCUUUAGAACUUUUAAAGGUCCCAAGUUCAGAUGGUUGUUUUAAAAAAUAAUAUAGAUAGAUAGAUAGAUAUGUAUAUACAUGGAAUAUUUCAUUGUAUUAGUAAUACAGAUUAAUUUAUACACAAAGUAACUGUUAAAAAACAAGAGAGUAUAUUCUUUUUUUUUUUUUUAUGUGGCCUUAAAUAUUAGACAGUUUCAGUUACAUGGAGGUGUCAUUUAAAAAAAAUAAAAUUCUACUUUGUCUGCUGUGUAUUUCAAAUUGCUUGUUUUCAGAGCAUAUAUCUUUUUUUUCUCUCCGCUACAACAAGAUUUUCAUCUCAUAUUUUAUUUAUAUACCUUAAAACACCCAACAGUUUAUAAAAUAUUAUAUACUAGCAUGAUGAGUCAAAGCGAAUUCAGUGUGAACCUUAAAUUUUGUGACAUAGUAGCUUAGCUGGAAGCAAAACUGACUGAUUUUUCCUAUUCAGCUAUUUAGACUCAAAAUUUUUAAUUCAUUUUGAAUUCUCACUUGAGUGAAUAACCCUGUUAGAAAAGUGUGUAUUUACUCUCUGCAAUGCUGGAAUGAAGUUAAGUUAGUGAAAUUAAUUGUAUUCGUUGACUACUGUCUACUCACGUUGUUUUUGCUUUGAUAAAGGGAUUCUAUAGUGUUAGCAAUACAAAGUUAUAGUCUAACACUAUAGAGCCCUCUGGCUCCCACCUUCCUUGAGCCCCCACUCCGGCAGAUAAAGGGUAAAAAAAAACUUUUACUUAUCCGACAAGGGAACCUAAUGCAUAUAUGCAGCGAGUACCGCAAACACAUUAGGCCCUUCCUAUAGGAAAGAAUUGCCUCAAUGCUUUCCUAUGGGGAUUUAACUGACACUGGAUGUCCUUAUGCCAAACCUUUGGACGUCCAGCAUCAUUUAAGGGAUCCAGAGUCCGGUAAACUCCAGGAAGUGCCUCUAGUGUGUGUAGAGGCUGUCUUAGUACUGCAAUGUAAACAUUGCAAUUUAUCAAAACCUGCAAUGUUUUACAGUGCAGGACUAAGAGGGACAGUGACAGUGCUUCCAGACCACUUCAUUGAGAUGAAAUGAUCUGGGUUUCUGUAGUGUCCCUUUACAUGUGGACUUGUAGUGAAUUGCAAAAUUAGACUAAAACAGCAAAGUUGUAACUUUAGCUGAGUUGGAGAAUCUUUUCAUAUUAACAUUUGUGACCAAAGUUUCCAAACUUUGCAAUACGGUUUUCAAUUCAUUAAAUAUAAAACCCAUUGUCUUGUGAGUUUUAACGUGAAGACACCGCUAUAUAAAUGAAAAACACAAAACCUCAUAUGAAUUUAUUAAUAACGACUUUUUUUUUGCAGUCCAAAGUGCUAAAUGGAAUAUGUGACAAGACAAUCAAAUUUACCACAGACCCCCUCACAAGUCAAAGUGCCUGUCUAGAAGAAGUUCACCUGACCAAUAUUAAACCCGGGGAAGGUCUGGUAAGUCGCAUUCCACAUUAACCUUUCCUUUAUCACUUCCUUUAAAUUUCCUUUUUAUCAUAUAUAUAAGCGAUAUUAAAAAGUUAUACUAUAUCUCUAAUCUCUGUCUGUAUAUCUAUUUAUUAUCUAUCCAUCCAAGUAUCCAUCCCCCACCAAUGCAAACGUGGAACCUUUCCUUUUUCCCUUCCUUUAUUUAAUUUUAUGUAAUUAUAUAUGCUACUGAGAAUAAAAUAGUUAUACUGUAUCUGCCUGUCUAUCCAUCGACUAAUCCAUCCAUCAUGCAGAGGUGGUCCGAAGUUCAAUCAGCUGUUUGAAAUUGGAAAGUCUCAAAAAGGUUAAAAUAGACCUUCAGAUAUGUAACAGCUGUAUUGCAAUGAAUGCUUCCCUCUAGCGAAUCUUCAUGAUUUAGCCAUUUUAUUUCUUGUCAUCACUGACAAUUUGCUCCAAGCAUAUAGAACUAUAUGUGUACAUUAUUUUAAUCCUUUUUUUCCUUACCCUAGGGGAUGUAUAUCAAAUCCACUUAUGAUGGACUUCAUGUUAUAACAGGCACUACAGAAAAUGUAAGUAAUCUACCAUGUUCAUUAUUUUGCUUCUUGCUUUAACUAGUCUGUAUGUCUCUAGGGUUAGUAUGAAUAUAUGCGCUUUUCAGGCACGUGUAAUGCUCAUUAAUUUUACUAAAUGGAACACUUGAGUAAGAAAUGUUUGGUGAAACUAGAUGAACAUCAUGCAUUUUAAAUGUAAACAUGAGAGUGAUGCCAUUAUUGUAGUGAAAAUCAAAGUUCAAAAUUUAGACCAAGGGUGCGUUGAUUUCCUUGGAGCACAAAUGUACAACUCCAAUACUAGAGCCAAUGACCAUCCUUCAGUAAUGUUUCGAGAACUGAUGGUGUAAAGCAGGGGUUCUCAAAAGCUGGGUCCCCAGAUAUUUUAGAACUACAGCUUCCAUGAUGCUUUGUCAUUAUAAAGGCAUUCUAAAAACAUGCAACGCACUGUGGGAGUUGUAGUUCUACAACAUCUGGGGAUAUACAUUUUGUGCAUCCCUGGUGUAAAGACUUUUACUUGAGGCAGCUGGAUGAGUGGGCAUUGUUCAUUGACUAUCUGUAUGCAAGGGUCAAGUUGAAUAAUUUAGAAAAAGAAGGUUAUAAAAGUUCUUUAAACUAACAUAACAUUUUACACAACUCUAUUAUUCAUACUAGCAGUCUCACACUAUUGUACUGUGAAAUGACAAUCUAUUAAAUUUUAGCAGCAGCAGAGAACCUAGCUUGAGCAAGAGAAACAUUUCAGGGAUAUUCACUAAAGUGUGCAUUUUCAGGAAGUCAAAGGAAAUCCUACAUUUUAAUUCCAAACAACCAAAUAGGAAACAUUCUCACAUAUGUACCAUUUUAAAUGCAGUUUGAAUUCAUUAUAAAUUCCCAACAAUUCAGAUUUUUGUAAUUAACCAUUUUGUCUUAGAUUAUUUCUCUUUACUUUAACAUAAUCUUUACUGAUUAUCAUAAAUGCAAAAUUUUAUAAAACUACAGAAUAAAAUAGUCAUUAAAGGAACACUUCCAACACCAUAGUCAAGGGGUGACCUUGUGUGGUUUUAGCUCAGUUUGACCUUAACCUUGGACUUCAUUGGGUACCAGUGCUGCACCUGAUUUUCUUGAGCAUGUGAAGAAAGAUGCCACUGUAGGCAUUGAUUAAUUUUCUGAGAGAGUACGCCUAUCAUAACCACUACACUGUGCUGCAAUUGUUAUGGUGCAUUCAGAGUGUGGUUUUAAUUAGAUGAAUGAUUGUCUUUUGAUAACUAAAGAGCAAGUAGUGCAAUGUUAAAAUAAAACAUGUUCGAUUUUCACAUUGUUCUUGAGAAUGGUAUAUUUGGAUGUAAGUUGCUUAGAAGAACCAUUGGCCUUGGCAUUAUGUGUUAUUUAAAUGUCAACUAUAUGUACUGCAUUAGUCGUAGUUGGUUUUGGAAAAUAAAAUCAUUUUAACAACAUUGCUUUUUAGCUAUUAGUGGAUUUUGCUAUAUAUUUUUCAUUGUGAAAUUACUAAUCACCCUCAGCUUAUUAGAAAAUAAAGACAACAGUAGAAAGUUUCUCAUGGAAAUAGAUUUUAAUCAUAUACUGUUUUUGUUUUCAGUUUGAAAACUAAGGCAAAAACAUACAUUUAAGGGGUUGGAAGGACAGUAGUUUCACCUUAAUGAUGUCACAUUAGAUUGUCAAGCAGUGUUAUGUACCAAAACAUUUUAGAACACAGUUGUGCCAGUUGUGGCAUGAUAGUGUUAUUGACGUACUAUGGAAAAUUUUAAUCUUACUAUUUAAAAUUUAAAGACUAAAGGAUUGAUACUGUAUCUGACUUUACUUCUCUCACAAUCAAAGGAAACAUGACUCUAAGGAUACCAUUGCUCCAUAUGACUAUUUACACAAUGUAAGCAUUUUGUUAAUGGUAUCUUGAAAACCACACCCUGUUAAAACCACAUUACUAAGUUCUAAAGUUUCUCACACAGGUCGCAUGCUAAAAAAAUACAAUGGCUUAUUGUAUAUCCGAUAAGUCACUAUUCUCUUUUUAUAGUUUCCUAUCAAAAUGCUAAGUAAUUUCAAUAAUGAAAACUAAUCACAAGUUAAAAGCAGUGUGAGAAUAGGAAUUUAUUCAAUUUUCUGAUCACAUAUUAGUCCAUCAAUCAACUAUACAGGUGUAUCACUUUAAAACACACACUCACAAAUGACCUUUACAACCAUUAAAAGUUAAUUUGGCUCAUUCUGGCUACUUCACGGGGAUCCAUAAUGGUGCUAUCAGCAAAUACCCAUGUAUAGGGACAGAGAUAUUUUUACUGAAUAACUAACGUAAGCUGUUAUGAACUGACCUAAAUAUUCCUCUUGUUAAAGUUAUAGUUGGCUGUAAAAAAAAAAAUCCAAUCAACAUUCGGGGUUCUGAUCUGAAAAAUCCCUAUAAAAUAAGCAACAGCAUUGCAGAGGCAGUGAUAUUAGGACACUGUGGUAGAAUUUGUAUUAAUAUGCACAGCCAUCUGCAAUAUUACAAAGAUGCAUUAACAUAAGCAUGUGUUAAAGUAAUAACUACUCUCUACUUAUCGCUAAUACCUUUACAGGCCUGCACCUGUGUGUAUUCAUGUAGUAUGUAGAGUACAUUAGUCAUAUAAUUAAAGUUAUUACAGUUGUAUUAAAUAGUAAUUUUAUUACAUAUUGAUGAUAUUUACCUAAUUAUUUCCCUUCCUUCACAACUGUAACCUGAUAACUGCUCCCACUCCUGCCUUUAAGAUAUUAAAUGUUCUCACGCUGCUUGCAAACCCAGCUAAAAUUUCUUUAUCUUUUCCCUUUCACCUUAAAAUUGCAACCUCUGUGCCAUUUUUGUUCUUUCCUACAGUUUGAUAAACACCCCCAAUUCUACUUGUCUCAUUCACAGUUUUCUGUCAUUUCUCCCUUGGCCCAUUACUUAAACCUUGGUCAUGCUUAAAAAAAGAAAAAAGAAAAUCACAAUGCAUUAUUGGAAAAUAUUAGUAACAUUUCUCUUGUAACAGACUAAUUAGAAAAACUCUAGAUCACCAUCUAUUGGCCAUCUACAUUAUUUUUUUAAUAUUGAAAAUUGCUCUCAUGCUUUCAUUCACUAGGCCAGCAUGACUUUUGUCAAAUGCAGUUGACCAUCCCUAAUUUGAAUAAGAUAUAUCUGGGCCAUUAUUGUACAACAGCCAAAAACCCAUUUUUUGUUGCCUCUGGCCCCCAAAUCUGGAUUAUUUUAUACAGAAUUUUGAAAAUUAAAGUUGUGCUACAUCUGUUUUAUAUAAUUUGUAUAGCACAUUUUCUCAUCAACAUAUAAACACGCUAAAUAAUUUAGCAAAAAAUAUACUGCAAAUCUUUACAUAAUGCUUGCUUUCAAGUGAUAUAGGGUUGAGACACACUGGUAGAAUGAAUAAGAGCCUCAUUCAUAUUCCUUACUCUUCUUUAUCAAGCCAGCCUGCUCGUUCUUAUGAAUAUUUUUUUCCUAUGGAACAUUCCUAUAACCAACAAGUUUCCAUUCAUCCCAUCCCAGCGCCCAAGUCUGCAGUUUAUCAACUGGACAGAAGGGCAGUUAAAGGCACAGUGUGCGAACGGAGAGAGUUUAUUUUCUCCAUGCCUUUAAAGACAAAGCGCAUUGAGUGUGUUUAGGCAAAACUCCUGUUAAAUGAGGCCUACAAUAAAAAGUGAAACUCGUUCCCAGUCAGCAGAGCACAUGCUUUUUGAUCGGAUUACUAGGCCUAUGCAAAUAAUCUUUUUUGUUCUGCUAUUCUUGUUAAGGCCUCAGCUAUAGGCUUUGUCAUUUUGACAGCAGGAAUGUUUUUGUUGUUUCUACUUUUCUUUGUGUCCCCUAUUGAGAAUAGCUUGCACAAUAUUUGCUGCCUACUUAAUUAAUGUAAAUGUAUUUAGAUACGUUGAUGUCCUGUUGAAAAUGUAUUGCCAAGAGUGUGCUGCACAUACCUCUUUUUUGAUAUCUGACAUAGGUCAUAUUUGGACAAUAACUCAAAUCCACAAAUGUUUUUUUUUUUCUUCCAUUAAACAGUGACUUGUAGUAAAAUUUAAAUUGUAAUUUUCUAAAUUAAGACCCUGAUAGCAAUAGGCUGUUGUGUCUCAAAUUCAUCAAAGACAGUUUUUAUUUCACUACAAUUCACUGUGCAGUAAAUAUCCUAAAACUGAAAAAACUGGAUGAUCUUUUGGUAAUGUAAUUUGGAAGUUUUACACAAUAAAAAAAGCUUUGUAUUUAUGAAAAGCAUCAGUUAUUGGGGCUGCUAUAAGAAGUCCACUAAAGUCAACCAGGCAUAAAAUCAUUUUAAUUUUUUUUUCGUUUUUAAAAAAAAAAAAAAAAAUGCAUUCUUAUUUUACUUUUGCAGUAAAAUUAUAUCACUUUUAUAGAGCAAAUUGUUUUGCACGAUGUUUCAUUUGGUUGCAACUGGCAAAUAUUAUAUUUGUAUUUUAACAAGUUAACAUUAAUCAAGAUUAGUCUCUAGACACAAUACUGAACCUGCUUAAAGCUAUAGGAAAUAAUAGAAAAGACAGGUCUGGGCAACUCCCAAUUGUUUUCAUUAUGCCCUGUUCUCUUGUUUUAGUCUCCAGCCGAUUCAUCCCGGAAGAUUCAUGCUGGCGAUGAAGUGAUACAAGUUAAUCAGCAGACAGUGGUAAGAUUGUUUGUAUUAAGGCAAAAAUAUUUUCUUGUAUUCAAUAACUAGGUAAACCUUGAAUACAUUCAAAAUAUAGGAUACCUUAUGGUGGGGCUAAACCCAUUUAAUGUGUUAUAUAGAUAAUGCAUUAAAAUAUGCAAAAUAAAAUAAUAAAACGCAAUCUUUUUUAUGCUCAUCUUUCAUGUUCCUGUGUUUGCUGAAUCCCUUUGCCAGUCAUCUGCAUCUCGUUGUUGUCAGUGGGAUCAUUGAACUCCCAAAAGUAGUUUCAUUCAUGAAAACAUGUAAAUAGACCUAUUACACAGCAUAACCUUGUGGAAAAGGUUGUUAUGAUGCUUACAGUGUUCCUUUCAGUUUGUUCACAUCUCAGAUUUAUUCAUCAAUAUGUUCAUCAGAAGUUUUCUUAUAUUCUAAUUUUAUUACAAUUGUAGAUUAUGCUAGCUUUAGUGUACCUAUAAUCUUAAUUUUAUUAAUGACAGGAGGCGAGUAUUUGCUUAAGACUUUCUUUACUUAAGCUUCACAGCAGCACUUUUUCACAUAGUAACAAGGUAACCAAUAAGAAAAAAGGAAUAACACGGUAUAUAGGUCCCUCCCAGUGAUGUCAUUUCCUCUUUCUGGCUGCGAACCAAUAGGAACCGGAACUGAAGGAAGUAGAUGAGUGAUUCAGGAUGCCAGACUUGAAGAGUGAUGCUUGAGAGGGAGACAGGAACGUAGACUUGAGAACUUGAGGAGUAGAGGAGAAGCUUGUGAUGGAGCAGCAACUAGGCUGGAUCUCUUAAGGGAGUUUUAUGCUGAAACGAGAGAGCAGAGUCGAAGCCAAGGAUUAAUCCGUGAAUUGGACUUUGAAAUUAUGAUAACCAGUUGAUAUGAAACAUACAUUAUAGCUCGCUAGAAAAGUUAAUCUAUACAUCAUAGAAAAAUAACUCCUAACCCCAUGAUAGUAAGGCAUAGUGUGUUCGUUCUUGUUUUAGAAACUUACCUACAGAGGCGACCCUAGGGUGGGAAAAAACGAAAGUAGGAGUGGUGGGAAAUACUCGCCUCCUGUCAUUAAUAAAAUUAAGAUUAUAGGUACACUAAAGCUAGCAUAAUCUACAAUUUUAUAACAUGACAGGAGGCUUCGUAUUUGCUGUUUUAACGCUCCCCGAGAAGGGCCAAGGAAGCGUGCGCAGCCGGACGAAAAUAGAAUUUGCGGAACGUCUGUUCUCGGGACCAGUCUGCGGAGUGAAGUAUGUCUCGAAGUGAGGCACAAGCGCUGAAUGCCCCCGAUGCUGCCGCUCCUCUGAUGGAGUGGGCUCCGAAGGAGGUUUCAAUCCCGGCUAGGGAGAGCAACCACCUAACCCAUCGGGCAAGAGUUGUGGUUGACACUGGAUUAUGAGGCCGGACAUAUGAGACCAAUAGCUGGCUGGAGGAAGUAGGACGGAUAGAUGAGGUGAGUGAUAAAUAACGAGAAAGAAGAGAUACCACACACAAUUUCGGGUGGUUCGGGAAAUAAGGGUAAAAAAUCGAAGAGGAGUUUGAUUUCGUCCGCCUGGUCACGGAAAAGGUGACACCCUCUGGGGAAAAGUUGAUAGCGUCAUGGUCAAAGGCUCGAACAUCCGAAACUCUUCGGAAGGACACUAAGCAAAGUAACAGGGUGAAUUUGGCUGAGAGUUGACGGAGGGAUAGAUCCUCGUUGUUUGACCAAGUCUCGAGAAAAUGAAUUAUGACAUUAACGUCCCACAGAUGGGAGUAUUUCGGUUUAGGGGGGCGAGCCAGUUUGAUGCCCCGCAAUAGUCUACAAACCAGCUGAUCCUGGCCCACUGGAACCCCUUCUAGAGGGACAUGGGCUGCCGAGAUGGCUGAACGGGAAACGUUGAUGGAUCGGUAGGAAAGGCCUAGAUCGAAUAGAUGAGAGAGAAAAUUCAAUAUGAACUGUCUAGGGGCCGUAAGGGGAUCGGUAUUCCAUUCCAGGCACCAAUUGCACCAAGUGUUCCAGGUGGAGAGAUAUCAUCUUCUAGUUCCAGGAGCCCACGAAUCCCAGAGGAGUUCCUUAGAUCUCUGCGAUAGUCCUCCGAAGUGCCAGGUUCCCCUGAAAGAGUCCAAGCCACUAGGUGGAGGUGGUCUUGCAUUAUCAUUGGAUGAGGAUUUCCUUGAGGAUCCUCCAGGAGGUUGGGCCAUGGAGGCAGAAGGAGAGGGUCUUGGUAGGAGAGGUCCAGAAGAUCCGGAAACCAUGCUUGGCCCCGCCAGAGCGGGGUAAUUAAAACAAGAGCGAUCUGUUGUCUGCGAAUCUGCAGGAGGACUCUGGGAAUCAUCGCAAAUGGAGGAAAAGCAUAGGCUCCCGUCGUCGGCCAACUCUGAAGGAAGGCGUCCACAGCCGAGCAUUCUGGGUCUGGAAGCCAGCUGAAAAACCGUGGGACUUGAAAGUUCGUCCGGGAGGCGAAAAGGUCUAAGGUAAAUGGACCCCUGAGUUUGGAGAUGUGGAGAAAGAUCGUUCUGUGUAGGCGCCAGUCGCUGCCAUCUCUCCAAUGUCGGGAGAACCAAUCUGCGGUAAUAUUCGUCUCCUCUGGGAGAUAUUCUGCCCGAAGAGUGAUGUUGCGUUGGAAGCAAAACUCGUAGAUGUCUUUUGUCACUUCGGAGAGGAUGUGAGAUCUGGCCCCGCCCAAUUUGUUGAUGUAUUGGACGGCAGAGAUAUUGUCCAUCCGAAGGAGAAUACAGCAGUUUGAGAGAUGAUUGGUCAAACUGCGAAUAGCGAAUGAGCCUGCGAUUAACUCCAGACAAUUGAUGUGGAGGAGGUGUUCUGAGGUGGUCCAUGGUCCUCCGGUGGAGGUUGUAUGACAGGUUGCGCCCCAACCCUGGAGGCUCGCAUCUGAUUCCACCACGAAGUCUGGGGUGGGACCGAAAAUAGCUUUGCCGUUCCAGGCCGACAUGUGGUGGAGCCACCAACGGAGUUCCUCUUUCACCUCCGGAGUGAUCGGGACCCUCUGCUCGUAUGAUGGAUGGGACCGGAGGAAUUGAGCUUUCAGGCGUUGCAUGGCCCGGUAGUGAAGGGGGCCUGGGUAGAUUGCCUGAAUGGAGGCAGAGAGUAGGCCUACUACCCGAGCUAAUCCUCGAAGAGGUAAAUCCUGUUGACGAAGUGUUUUGCGUAGUUCCUUCUUGAUCGCGGAUAACUUGGACUGAGGUAGGCGAAGAACACAGGUUGAAGAGUCGAUUUCGAAUCCGAGAAAUUGAAUGACUCUGGUUGGGGACAGUGACGAUUUCUCUUGGUUUAUGACAAACCCUAAGGAUUCGAUUAAUACAGAAGUAUAGUUCGUCUGUGAACGCAGUUUGGAUACGUCUUCGCAGAGAAGCAAGAGGUCGUCGAGGUAGAUUAAACAACGGAUGCCCCUUUCUCGCAGAUGUGUGGUGACUGGCUUGAGGAGUUUGGUGAAGCACCACGGAGCGGAACUCAGGCCAAAUGGAAGACAGGUGAAUUGGAAAAUUCGGUGGUGCCAAUGAAAGCGGAGAAAACGCCGGCUUGAAGGGUGUACUGGCACCGAAAGGUAAGCGUCCUUGAGGUCGAGACGGGUGAACCAGUCGCCUGGUCGGAGGAUGUCUCUGAGGAGGUGAAUCCCUUCCAUUUUGAAAUGUCGAUAAAUAACAAAAGAGUUCAGUUGACGAAGGUUGAUGACUGGGCGAAAUUCCCCUGACUUCUUCUUGACUAAGAAGAUGGAGCUGAGGAAACCUUCGUCGGGUGGAGCGAGUUGGAUCGCUCCUUUUGUUAGCAGAGAACGUAGUUCUGAAUCUAGGUGAAGACUCUGAGCCCUUGACAUUUUAGGAUAGUGAGGAUAACCUGUUUGAGAAGGGAGAGAAUGAAACUCUAUGUAGAAACCCUGAACUGUGUUUAGGACCCAGGUAUCUGAAGACAGGGUCUUCCACAUGUCUACACAGUGUGACAACCUGCCCGCAUGAUAAACAGUAGAAAGGUGAAAGGAAGGAAAUCUCACCUGUUGGGUAUCUACUGCGUCCGCGGGUUCUGUAUCCUCUUCCUCUAUCCGCCCUUUGGGAGUAAGAGCCUCUUGGUUGAUAGUUGGGGAAGAAAGAUGAAGUUGGGGUUCUCUGGCGUUGGUUUGUGGACCAGAAACGGCUGACUGUGCGACCCCUUGUACGGCCAGCCCUGCCAAAAACCCGUGAGGGUUGAUAGUGAAAUACUCUUUUCAUGGAUGAUUGCGCCUUGUUUAGUGUGGCGUAUAAGUUUACAUGUUUAUGUAAUUCUUUAAUGUAGGGUUCUCCAAACAAUAGACCCUGUGCUUUGGGGCCCAAUUCCUUGGUUCCCAAGUCAGCUAACUUAGCAUCCAUACGCAGCAGCACUGCUUUUCUACGCUCAGUACAGAGGGAUGUAUUAGCAUUGCCCAGCAGGCAAAUAGAGCGUAGAGCCCAUUCUCUGAUCACAGAUGGGUAUAGAGGGCCUUCAUUAGAUAAGGCUUCAUCAGCCAGUAGAAUAAGUUUUGCCAGAGGUCCUAGGAUGUCCAGCAUUUUGUCUUGGGUUAGGCGUAGGCUGCGUUCAAUGCCCUUUUUUGGGUCACGGCCCGAUCUAGCCAAAUAUGUGUAGAGCAGCGUGUCAAAUUCUGGGGUCACCGCGACCUUAUCCGGUAGAGUGGGUCUGGGGCAUUCAGCUCGUAGUCGUUUGCGGACCUCCCGAUCCAGGGGUCUUCUGAUCCAAAAAUGAAUAUACUGGGAAAGAUGGUCUGGUAGUGACCAUUCGGAUGAUCGAGGAUAUCUGAUUUGUCUUGGGUCAAAAAGCGGUUGACCAAGCGUAUCCAGAAAAGGUUCAGUGUCCCCAGAUGGAAGUGAUCCGGGUAAAAUAACUUCAGAUGGGAGGUCUCCCAUAGUCGACUGAGGGAGAGGUGGCCCUUUUAUGGAAGUCUCGGGCCAGUCCUCCUCAUUUUCUGAGGAGUGGUCAGCUUGCCAUUCAUCUAGGAUGGCUAAGGGAUGUAAGUCAAAAGAGUCUUCCCCUUCUUCCGACAGAGUAGGUUGGAUGGAGUGUUUCUCUCUAGCAUCCACCUGUUUGGGGCGUUUCGCCGGUUCUUUCCCCUUACGCUUGAGGGGUUCAGGCCCAUUCCCUUUCCAAUAACGUUUAUAUGGUUUGGAAGGGUUUCUUUUUGUGGAAUCGGAAUCCUCCGCAUCUUCGUCAGAAAGCGGGGUGUCGGAAAUUUUAGGGUCUUUUUGCUCAAUGGGCAGCACCCGAGCCAGGGCCUUUUCAAGUGAAGCAGCUACGGCUGCAUUUAUAAUAGCUUGCAAGUUUUGAUCUUGAUUUGAAGCCUCCAUAGCAACAGUUGGUACCUAUGGGGCAGAAUAGGCCAGUGUUAGAGUGUAUUAAUAAGGCCGUCUCGAGAUAUCACAGUAAGAUAUUAUUCAGAUUGCAAGCUGUAAGUGGGGGUCACCCAGUAUAAAUCACCUCAGGGAAUACUUUUUCAAACCCGUAUAGAGGUAUAGUGGCACAGACAAAGCGGGCCAAUCAUGGGCUGUAUAUGAUAACAGCAAUCGUAAUUUAGUUUUAUGUGUUUACCUUAUACACAUGCAUAGUGUAGAUAUGAGUUGCAAUAUAAAGUUUAUAUGGGAAACUGUUUGGGUAAUAAAUUUGUUGCAGUUGAAAUAAAUAUAUUGAGAUUAAUUUAUAUAUGUAGUACCUAUAAUCUACCACCAGAGGGAAGUAGAGAGAUACAGGGAUGAGACUGUAUGUGGAGUCAAACUCCUUCCUUGUUAGAGAAGGAGUAAACAGAUAGAGAACGCUUGGUAUAAUUAUUUGAUAUGAGGUGUUAAUGUUGUACAUAAAAGUUAUGUGACUAACAAGUAGAAAGGUAAAAAAUGGCCGCCGCACGGCCGGAGUGAAUGGAGAUCGCGGCUCCAAGAAAAUGGCCGCCGCGAUCUCGCGCGCUCGCGCAGCAGUGAAAGGAGAGAGCCGUUUGGAUCUCGCAGGGAGCGAGAUCCAAGAUGGCCGCCGCGCGCCCUGGGGACCGUUGGAGGCGUACUCCAAGGACCAAAAGCCCGGGAAAACGCGGCAAAAAUGCCGCACGGAGAAACUGGGUUAAAGAGGUACAAAACCAAUAAUACAAUAAUUAUAAAAGAGACAGUAACCAAAAAAUAAAGGUGGAAAGAAGAAAGUAGAGGAGAAAUACCACAUAGAAGAUAGAGAUGGGAAAAAAUAAAUCGGUCAGAAAUAGAAUAAAUGGUAAAAAUAUACAUAUGAAUAAUAUACUAAAGAAAUAAGAAUAAAACAGAUGAUAGAUAUAAUAUUAGAUAAAUCAUAGAAAACCCCCCCCCACAAAAGUAGGAGACAGUGGCACUCUGACCUGUACUGGUGUGAAGCAGCAAAGAAAGAGGAAAUGACAUCACUGGGAGGGACCUAUAUACCUUGUUAUUCCUUUUUUCUUAUUGGUUACCUUGUUACUAUGUGAAAAAGUGCUGCUGUGAAGCUUAAGUAAAGAAAGUCUUAAGCAAAUACGAAGCCUCCUGUCAUGUUAUAAAAUUCACAAUAAUGGGACUUUAAUAUGAAAUCAAGGCAAGUCAAUACAACACUAAAACUAAGCAACAUAUGGAUAUGGAGUUAUAAGCAAUCUGUUCUUGAACGCAGAUUAUUAUAGUAUUAAUAAUAUUUAUUUAUUUAAUCAACAAACUUAAUCCCACACAAAUGCUAUUAUAUUAUUAAGCAGUAAGUUUUUUUUGAACCAGGUGGCAUCUUGUGAUAUAAUGUGCUAAUGUAUAAUUUGAAUCCUGCAAUAUUUGUUUAUGAAAAGCAGCGUUCGUUCUGUUGACCUGCUUGGCAACAAAUUGUGUGUGCCGAAAGUCAAACAUUCAGUUCAUAUGUGAUGUUUGCAGGUUGGGUGGCAAUUAAAGAAUCUUGUGGCUAGACUCAGAGAAAAUGCUGGUGAAGUCACACUUGUCCUGAAAAAGAGACCUACAGGAACUUUUAAUUUUACACCUGCACCUUUAAAGAACCUGCGAUGGAGACCUCCACUUGUUCAGGUAUGAUAUGCUAUUAAUAAUGAUAUAAUUUUUAUUUUAUUUUCUGGAAAUGUAUACUUAACCAUCUUUGUUUCUUGAAUUACAAUUUAAAAUCGACAAGGUAUUGUAUUCAAUUCUGCAAUGUAGAGGUGCCUGCAAGUGGGUUUGCAGUGAUUAGAUUAGACUAUUUUCAAAUAGCAAGGGGUUUUAUUAAUAUAGCUGCCUGAUUUGAAAGGGGCAGUUAUUUUACUGUAUGUGGCAUUACAACCAGAAACAUACAUACGUUACAUUUUGCUGUCAGUUUUUACCCUCUACUACCAAAAUACCAGAAGAUGCACUAUAGAUACCAAUUUAGCCGGAUAUUUCAACACUUUUAGUUGUUAACACAGUGUCAUACCUACUGUACAUUACACAGUUGUUCUUGUUCCAUCUGAAGAGUCAAAAAAAGCCAUGUAAUCUGUAACAAUAUCUGCCUACGUGCAUGUUUACUAGUAUGUAAUAUACUUUACUAAUAAAGAAUAUUGAUUGUCAUUUUAGACAAGUCCUCCAACAACUACAACACAAUCACCAGAAAGCACGUUGGAUAGUUCAUUGAAAAAAGAGAAGCCUGCCAUCCUAGAUCUUUAUAUCCCCCCACCACCAAGUAUCCCUUACUCUCCUCGGUAAGUAAGAAGAAAUGCCAAUGAAUCCAUUUUUCUGGAAUAUGUUUUGAAUACACUAAUUAAAACUGCUCCUUAUGGCUAAUAGUUCUAAUAGUUCUAUUGCUUUAGAAAAAAAAAAAAAAGUAAAAUUAAAAAAUUAAUUAAUUAAUUAAAAAACACCACUCACUAAACUCAUUUGUAAUCUGCACCAGAAAAGACUCCUUACUGCCGUCUGACUCUCCAUCUUUGAGUUGUCGGCAAGCUUUGAUAAGCUGUGUCUAGUCUGACACAGCUGAAACACGCAAGGAGGACAUACGACACAUGUACAACAUGCAUUGCAAUCCUCCAAUCAAUUGCUUUUAAUAGAGAAGAAUUGGACUCACACAUUGUUGGGUGUUAGCAUACUUGGGAUGCUGAAACCAAACAUAAAAUAGAUGCAGAAACUAAAACAAAAUUAGCCCGGAGAUCCUAGUGGCAUUUUCGCACCUAUGUUUAAAAAGUGGUAUUGAUUCACAUGAUGAAAAUAUAAUUUUGGCUCUAUAUAAAUAAAUGAUGAGACCCCACCUUGAACAGAUGUAGAGCCGUUGCUAAGUUAAAUUUGUUUUACUCGCAACAGGUGUUUAUUUUGGCUUGGAUACGGUUUAUGUAUGUGAAAGCCCAACAUAGGCUUUCAAGUAGCAGCAUCAGUAAAGUCAAGAAGUAGUAUCUCAUAAUAGAGCGGGUGCACACUGACUUGACUAACAUAUUUUCACUCCUUUUUCUUUUUAGAGAUGAGAAGGCAACUUUUGGGUACAGUGGCGUAUACAGAGACUCACGUCCUUUACCUGGAUCAAAGGGUUCUGAGUCGCCUAACUCAUACCUUGAUAAAGAGAGCCGUAGGCGACGAUUUACUAUUGCUGACUCGGACCAACUUACCACAUACCCAGUGGAAGUAAAAGUACAGCCUGCAAAACUUAGAGAAAAAACACCAUUGUAUGGUAAGCUACGUUUCUCAAGUUUCUUCAAGCAAUGAAAGAACAGAAAGGAUAUUAUAAUUAUAUAAUGUCUAAAUAAUGGAUACACACAAUAAAGGUUAAGUGUUUUGUGAAUGUCUCCAGAAACCAGAUAUGACAUAAUUUCUAAACAAUAUGUAAAGAUUUGGCUGCACUCACAGUCUUCUUGUAGAAAAAUGUAUUCCUUUAUUUAUCCAUUAAGAAAUUAACUCUACAAUGCUGUGUGGCAACAGGUACAUGUUAAAUGAGGUUGAAGUUUCAGUCCCACUUGGGAACUUUCCUCAGGACCAAUAUUAUUUUUUCUAAUACAUGUGUAUAAUUGUUACUAAAAUAUUUUUUAGAAGGCAGCACAUAUAUGUUCCCGGGCAGCUUGUGAUAUUGCUGCUUUUAUUAUGUCAGCCCUUUCUCUAGUGAUAAUGGUAAAAAAGCAAAUGUCAACAGAAAAUUGCAGUCUUUUUCUCCCCAGCUCUUUUACCAGUUUAUCAGUAUAGGGAGAGGGACUGAAUUAAUGGCGGCAGCUUCAAAUAACAGCCCAGGAGUGGCUCCAAAGCACAUUAAGUAUGGCAGGUUAAACCAUGUCAGCCUCACUGUGCAUUACGGAUCGGACUGUGUAUUACAGGUUUUCUUGCAAAGAAGUUACCCAACGUACAUGGAAUUUGAAAUAUGUUGCACUCGUUGAAAUAACAAACAAAAAAUUAUAAUAUUAUACAUGAAAUUUGAAAGAAAAUGAUACUAACUUAACAGCCACCAAACCUUUGAUCAUCAUGAGCAUAGUUCAGAAUGUGAUCCUUUUUAGAAUAAACAAUUUAAAGGACCACUAUAGUGCCAGGAAAACAUACUUGUUUUCCUGGCACUAUAGUGCUCUGAGGGUGCCCCCACCCUCAGGGACCCCCUCCCGCCGGGCUCUGGGGAGAGGAAGGGGUUAAACACUCACCUUUCUCCAGCGCCGGGCAGGGAGCUCUCCUCCUCCUCUCCGCCUCUUCUCCUCCUCUUCGGCUGAAUGCGCAUGCGUGGCAGGAGCUCCGCGCGCAUUCAGCCAGUCUCAUAGGAAAGCAUUCAUAGUGCUUUCCUAUGGACGCUUGCGUCUUCUCACUGUGAUUUUCACAGUGAGAAGCACGCAAACGCCUCUAGCGGCUGUCUAUGAGACAGCCACUAGAGGCUUUAGAGGCUGGAUUAACUCAUUUAUAAACAUAGCAGUUUCUCUGAAACUGCUAUGUUUAUAAAAAAAAUAAGUUAACCCUAGCUGGACCAGGCACCCAGACCACUUCAUUAAGCUGAAGUGGUCUGGGUGCCUAGAGUGGUCCUUUAAAGUAGAGUGGCAGAAUGAAUGUAGAUGUCUUAAAAAAGUGACUAGCAAUACUUUCUUAUUACAAUAUCUCAUCAAGAAAAAAAUAAUGUUAAAAGAUAGUCAUUUUUUUUUACUUCUUACAAAUUCUCAUAAAAGAUCAACACAAGAUAGUAAUAUCCUCUCCAAAGUUAUUUUACAAAACAAAGCACAAGGUUUACUUGUAACAAUUGAUUCAUGUACAGAUUAUUCAAACAAAUCAAGAUAUGGGUAGAUCAAAGUAGUAUCAAACACACAACUGAUCUUCCCUUCUACUUUAGUUUUUUUUUUUUUUUUUUUAGAUGUGUUGACUAAUUUUGACUUGUCUAGACAAGAGGGUCUCUAUGCCCUGUCUUCAAUACCCCCUAUAGUGGAUAUUUCAAAUCUUGCAUAAAUAGGGUUGGAUUACGCAUUCUGGCAGAGCCACCUGUAUUAGUGAAAGGUUACCUGUCUAAAUGUAGGAAAAGGUGACUGUUUUGCAGGUCUUACAUGUGCUCAAAUCCUACUACUAUGACUUAAUUGUCAGUCUUCACCUCUCACUGAAAUCAGUGGCAAAACCAUUUACUGUCAAUGCUUGGGACCUAGAGAGUAUAACCACACAUGUAUAGCUAUGUAACUAUGUAAAAAUUUAAAAUGUAAUUUCCAUGAGAUCGAAAGAUCACAAAGUGUUAAAUCAUUUUCUAGCUUGGAACCAAUAAUGCUAAAUUUAUUGAAUGUUCAAGUUGAUAAUUUUGUAAUCAUGAAUCUAUUUAAACCAGUAUUUGAAAUCAAUACUUCAUUGAAUGCAUUAUCAACACAUCUUUUAUGGACGAAUAUCUAGGAUGGCCAAAAGGUAGAACUACAACUUCCAUGAUGCUUUGCAAUUUUAAAGGCUGUCAAAACAUCAUGGCAGUUGUAAUUCUACAAUACCAGAGUAUCUUACCUGUGGGCUUCCCUAGAAAGGUUUGUUGUUCUCAAGUUUAAUUUAUUUAUAGAUUUAUUUGUUAAUUUCCUAUUAACUACCCCAUUUCUUGCCAAACAAAGACAAAAUGUGUACAUGUAAUCAAAGCAAUUGUAGACUAUAUGCAUCAAUUACAAACUAGCUUAAUCCUUAAAUAAGUUUGAUUACUGGAAUAUAUCAUUCCAUUGUAGUACAUGUUUCUACAAAAGUAUUUAUUUGUUGUUUUUUGUUUUUUUUUGUCAACUAAGCAUUUUUUCAUUAAGAAAGUUAAACAUUGAUAUUUUGUAUGUGUCUACAGGCAAGCCUCGGCCUUUAUCAAUGCCCGCAGAAGCAAGCUGGAUGGUGUCUGCAGAAACCUAUUCAAGGCACAGGGUCGCAGGAAAGAAAGGUAACAAGAUACGUGUAGGUCAUUAAGGAAGGAAUAAUGUUAAAAUAUAAAACUUUGUUUCAUAGUCCAUAGUCUGUUACUCCUUAAGGAAAGAGGCAAUUGUCCAAGUUUUGAACCAAAACUAAAUCUAGAAUUUGAGCUACAUGGCUGUUCAACCAUAACUUACCUCUUUCAUAUUAAGUACAUCCACACUUACUAAAAAUCACUCUGUUCAGGAGAAAUGUGGCUUUCAUCAAAUAUUCAGAUAUGAAAACACAUUAAAUAAAAGCUGCAAAAGUGUGAGAAAUUAAGACAUUUGGAUUUCCAAAUUCUGCAUGGUAUUUUAACUGUUAAUGUCCUAAUACUGUUAGCUUUUACUGCAAUAAAACAAAAUAUUUAUAUGCUGUGACGUCCCAUGAGUACAACGAUGCUCCCAUGUACAGGUUUCAUGGUGUUUUGGAAAGUUGCAGGGUCAAAUAUGGGGCUGUCCUAUCCUAGCAACCUAAUGCCUGCUCUUAUGAGAUUAAUCCUCUUAUUUGGGAAAUGCUUCCUCCUGAGACUCUCUGCAGUGCAAGGUUAAACAGGGCCAUUGAAUGAGUCACCUGUGAGAGGGUCUAAUUUAAUCUAGCAUAUAAUAGUCACAGCUUGGCUAUUUUAGCCCACAUUAUGAUGUUUGGUUUUUAACUGGUAUUCAAUAUUUAGUGUCUUGAGUAUAAUGGUUUAAUUUUGUGUAUACUCUCCUAAUAAAUACUAUCCUCAGCAUCGUUGCUCCUCCUACUGGUCAAAUAGUGUGUCCAUCUUCGUCAUGACACUGACAGUGAUAGAAUGUCUAAAUUAAGUGUGCAUCAUUCAUGCAAUCUACUUAUAGUGCACAUUUGUACACUGCAUAAGUGAAUAGCAAAGAAAUUGGUCUUAUACUUCAUGGUAAGAAAUAUUUGCAUGGCCAAAUACCCAUAUAUGAGCAAUAUGUUCUUAAAAGCAGUCAAAACCUUACUCACAUUUACUCUCUGCUUCCCCAACAUCCUGCCUGGAUCAUAGGGGAUCACAAGCAAGUCAUGCACAAAAUAAUAACCUCUAGUAUAAAGUCACAUUUAUUGUACUUUUUAUUAACCCUGGAAAGUAUUGUUUUCACAUAGACCUAUACACAUCAAUAUACAACAAAUAAUGGACUAGCAAUCAAAUAGAUAUUCUUAAAUGUUUCCAUUAUCCCGAAAGUUUGCAACAAAGAGCUUAAACACUGUCUCGGUGCAAAUGUUUCUUCAGAAAUAAGCCACUUGUUGUUUACUAAUUUUUUUUUACCAAGACCCUUGACAGCCAGUUUUCCUACUACACUUUUGAUUGUUCUGUGUUGCAGAAAAUCAGCUAAAUUGAACAGAGGGUUUCUCAGAGACCCAACACUCUUUCUCCUUUCCUGUGAAACGUAGGAAUCAAUUUACAUUUGCCACUUUUAAAUGGCAACGCUCACUCCAAUUAAUGGGCCAAUCAAAGUCACUGCAUGCUUGCACUAAGCAAAUCACUCUGCUGAGUAGGAUCUGUCCUAUUAGUUUUGUACUAUUAGCCAUGUGAAAAACAAUGCUUCUUCAAAAUAAUAUAAUACGGUUGAGUGGAGUUUGAGAAAAUGGCUGGGAAUUCAAUCAUGAAAUGCACAGUUAUCUGUAGUGGUUAUGGUGACUUCAGUAUUGAUUUAAGCUAUUUGGAUGAUGAGCAAAAUACAAAUUAAAAUCACAGUGUACUUUUUGCUUUCCCUUCAAGGUGAUGAGGCUCUGUCCAGAUAUUUCAGCAAUGAACGAAUAGCACCAAUCAUCGAAGAGAGUGUUAAUUCUCGCAAUUAUUUCAGCCGAUCAACUGACAGACAGCUAGUGAGAGGUGCAGACUAUAUAAGGGGUAGCCGCGGCCUUUUGAAUAUGGACCUUCACAACAGUGCUACAAUGCCAUAUCAGGAAGAAGGUGCUAAGAAGCACACUACGCCUUCAUCUUCAAAAAAUUCCACCACAGAACCAUCAGCACUGGUCAGCUGGUUCACAAAGCUAAAACUUCUGACUCGCUGAUUUUUAUUUUUCGUUUUGGUUCUAUAGACUGUCACCUCUCUGUGCCUUUGUUCCGUAAAUGGCAGUAUUAUGUGCAGAUGAAUCUAUACAGAUGAACCGGGUACCUUUUGAAUCCGCAAAUUCAAUACUUAAAACUGAAGAUUGACUAACUUCUGAGUUCUAGCAGUUGGCAGCUGAGCAACAUGCCUGAAUUUUUUUUCUAAAGCAGUAAGGGCAGAUUCAAAUAAUUGGCAUUCCAGCGAAUGACAAUAAAACUGUUUUCUUCUUUCUAUGCACAUUAUAUUAUUAUUAUUUUUUUUUUUUUUUUACACAGAUUCUAAUUUUUUAAACCAAGACUUGUGCAUGUAACUGUUACAAUAUUGUGCAUUGGCUGCAUUGAUCUAUGCACAAAGUAAAUAAUUUAUUUUCACCUACUAUCAAGUACUUUGUCAGGCUUCUUACCAAAGGGUCUUCUAUUUAAAUUUAUUUUAGUAAACGUUAUUCAGUUUUUAGGAUUAGGACCUGCAUAUGUGUGCUUUCUGAAUUAUCAUCCACACCAUUGAUGAUUAAACAUUUCAGUUUCUAUCUGUCAAAUUUACUUAACUGCAUUUUAAGGUGUGAAAAAGACAAUGCAAAAUUAAUACAUUUGUAUUUAGUAAAAGAAAAUACACAUUUGAUAUCUGAAUGUACAGUAUAUUGUAGAAACAUGUUUCAGAUUUCUAGAACAGCUGUUUAUAUGUAAAUGUACCAUUUUGUUGUUACUGUUAUGCUUGGCUACAAAUUGUUGCCUUUAGCACUGAGCACUAUUAACCCAGUCAAGAAAACAGAUGUGUUAUAUAGUCAUUAAUAAUUUAAGUUGGAGUUUGAAAGCCAUAUAUUGCACUACCAAGGAUGUAAAUAUAAUGUCUUGAAGACAUUAUAGCCUUUUUUGCCUUUACUAUCCAACAAAGUCUCUUUCUUCAUUCUUCCCUACAUACCUCUUUAUCACCCUGUCUUCCACUAAAUCAAGGGUGAAACAUCAGCAGAUCAGUAGUAAUUUAAAUAUUUGUUUAUUUUCCCCAUAUAAUUUCUGUAAAUGGAUAUAUUACAUCUCCUAUUUUUAUUGACUACAUAUUAAUCAAGGCUGUCAUCAAUAUUUUUAUGUUCCACAUCUUCCACAACUUCUGGGGUGUACUGUUUAGGACAAGUUGUUUGCUUUAAAGUUAUAUAAACGUAUAUAGUGUUUGGUUGUGAUUUCUUAUUUUGAAGAAAUUGAGGAUCUCUUGCUCUUGUUGAAUGGGCAAUAUGUGCUUUGUGUGCAGCUGUCUUUUCAAUGAUCCACUGUAGACCACUUCUGUUUUACUAUAACACAAUCAUGAUACUCCCAAAGUACGUAAGUGGGUUUGUAGCUAAGAAUAGCUAAGGGACACUAUCAUAAGUAAAAUGCUAAACAUUUAAAUAGUGUAUUUACAUUGCAAAAAAGGACUUUUGGAUUACAUUGUUUAUUUCAUUGUUUGCUUGUGAUAAACCUAUAUCUACUUCCUUUAUAUUUAUAAAGCUUAAAUAAUAGUGGGCUCAUACUUGACAAGCCUCUGAAAGUUUGGUGUCCUGAGUCAGCCUUUCCAAUUUUAAAGGAAUACUCCAAGCACCAUAACCACUCUAGCAGUGGUCCUGAGCUUAGUUCAUUGGCUGACAAAGAGCAACUGGAGCUAGGGAGCCAUGUAAGAAGUCAGACUGUUACCAACUAUUUGACUAUUUUCAUUGGGGGGAAGGUGAGCACUGUAGCACUGUAGCCUGUAGUGGUUACAGUGCUUGAAAUGAUCCUUUAAUAGCAAUGCCGAAUAGUGAGAGAAGUAGAAUUGGCUGUUAUGGUAAGAUAUAUUAAGAACUCUAAACAUGAGCAGUUUGACAAGCAAACUGCACUUACGUUUCUAUAUUAUGCUAUUAUUAUAAAACCUAUUUCACUUUAUAUUAAUCUAUUCUUCAAAUAGAAAAACAUGCCAUGCUAUUGUUCCUAUGAGGUAAUUUCAAAGGAUACAACAUGGUGAAGUUUAUUAGUCUAUCUAAAUAAGCACCUAACUUGAAUAAAAGCAAAGGUCUUAUACGGGCUCCAAGUUUUUUUUAGAGUUCAUUGGAGAUGUGUUUUGGCCAAAGCAAUUGGUUGGAGAAAGCAAAUUUUAUUAUAAAAUGUUUGUCUUAGCAGCAUUUUGUUUUUUGAAGUACCUGUCCUGCACUACACUGGUUAUUCGAAUAAUAUGCUACAAAUAAUAAUAAUAACAAUAGUUUUCCUUUAAUAGUUUAAUAGUUUAAAUAGUUUAAUAGUUUAUACUUAAGUAUUUCCGUUGUUACAUUUUAGCAAUAGGAAAAUAUUUCUUUAUUUCUAUGUAAUUUGAAUCUCUUAAAAGUUCUGCAAUUGUAAAGAUAUUUCAAAAGAUGUUUAUGGUAUAUGUUUUAACAAUUCAUAGUAUAAUUCAUAUUUCUAUUGUGCCGAGAGCAUAUUACAUACAUAUAUAUCUGAUCACGCAUGCAAAUGGAAAUAACAGAAAACCUCUAGAUAAUAUUAAUUAAACUGUUUCUAAUCUUUUAGCACUAAACAAGACUCCUUGCCAACCCAUCCCCUUUGCACUGCUCAGGCUAAUGAAGAAACAUUCUGAAGAAACAUUAGUCUGAGCAGCAAUGGGUGGUGAUAAUUGGCUGAGAGUGUCAGCUGACCAUAUUCAGCCCAUCCCAGAUGCCCAUUCCUGGUAGGAAUGUAUUCUCUGCCUUAGCCACACCCCCUGGUCAGGGCCAGAGGUACAGCAUUUAAUGUUAAACUGCUUGGAAAUGGUUUAACAUUUCAAGGAGAGACACUGCCAGGAUAUCCCAGACACUAUAGCCACACUAUAAGACACUAUAAUGAGAUAAUAUGGUUAUAAGGCCUUGAAUGUCUCUCUAAUUUUCACAAUAAUAAAAAAAACAUUGAUUCCUAAGCAUCAUGGGAAAUAUAAUUCAGAGACAUCAGGGAUGCCAAAGUUAGUCAUUUUUACAUUGGACCUUACCUUAUAGUCGCAUUUACUAGAUGACGUCACGUCUUAAUAAAUGUAAACCAGCUGUAGUGGUCAGUUUGAUAUGUUAUGAGUCUAGCUCAUUGUCUCCAAAUGUAUCAGUACAGAAACAAUUUCAGUUUGUACAAGAAAAAUAUGUGAACAAAGUAAAUGUGACUCUUAUAUACCUAAACUACAUGCUCAGAGUAUAAGAAUGUUUAAAAAAUCAGUUUGAAAUUUUAAUUGUGCAUUGUUCAAAUUAUAUCCAUAUCAUCUAACUUUAAAAAGUAUUGCAGGAUAUUUGUAAUCUCCCAUAAACUAUUUAUUGAUAGUUCUGCAUAUAUUGUAGUGGGUUAUCUCUAAACUAUUGUUAAAGGACCACUAUAGUGCCAGGAAAACAUACUUGUUUUCCUGGCACUAUAGUGCCCUGAGGGUGCCCCCACCCUCAGGGUCCCACUCCCGCCCGGCUCUGGAAAGGGGAAAGGGGUUAAAACAUACCCUUUUCCAGCGCUGGGCGGGGAGCUCUCCUCCUCCGAUCCUCCUCUUCUCCUCCCCAUCGGCUGGCUGCGCGCGCAUUCAGCCGGUCACAUAGGAAAGCAUUCAUAAUGCUUUCCUAUGGACGCUUGCGUGCUCUCACUGUGAAAAUCACAGUGAGAAGCACGCAAGCGCCUCUAGCGGUUGUCAAUGAGACAGCCGCUAGAGGAAAUGGGGAAGGCUUAACCCAUUCAUAAACAUAGCAGUUUCUGUGAAACUGCUAUGUUUAUGAAAAAAUGGGUUAACCCUAGCUGGACCUGGCACCCAGACCACUUCAUUAAGCUGAAGUGGUCUGGGUGCCUAGAGUGGUCCUUUAACCUUGUAAAUUGAACUCAUAUAACAAGUGCAAUACCCAUCCCUCGACAAAGGUUCCAUUAGACUGGACUGAAGUAAUCCUAUUUGUACAGACAAUGCUGCAAAUCCUCCAACCUAGCUUAAUUCUGACUACAACUACCUACAACAGAUUGUGUUAAAACAAAAACAAAAAUGGUUGUCUGUUAUUUCUGUUUUAAAACAUGGUGAAUAUGAGAUACCUUUGGAAUGGUUUUGCCAGUUUUUAUGUUGCUAUGAUAUCUUUUUUUUUUUUUCUGUUUCAUUUUAAAUUGCAAUAAUAUUUAGUGAUAAAUAUUUCAGGACUGUUUACCGGAACUGCCUUUGUUAAACCUGACAUUUCAAAUUUUUACGCAUUUUAUGGAAGAAAAAUGUUAAAAUAAAAAAUAAUAAAAAAGGUUUUAUACAAAA